AUGGAGCGAAUGGAGGAUGAUAAGGUAACUUAUUUCUAACUCUUGUUGCUGCAUUGGAUGUACGUAUUUAUAAACAAUCUUUUUUUAAAAUCAGUUUUAACUUCUAUCCUUUGUUUUCUGUCUGUCACACAAUUCAGUGUUUCCUGAGGAAAUAGUGUCAGUCUGUUGCCAUUGUUGGUUUUAUCCUGAGCCAAACACCUCCUAAUGAAUGAGAGCGCGUUAUUUACGAGUCACAGGCUGGCAAUUCUGUAUUUUUCCUAUCUGGCAUGAGCAGGAGCUGACGGUGGGAGUCGAGCACUUUAGGACGUGACUAAGAGAGAAAAAGAGGGAGACAGGACUGUUGGGUGGCAAGUUUGAACUUGAGCGUGCUCAAGCUUCUUGCUUUUAUUUGUGGGCUGUAUAGAGAGCAGGGAUGAGGAAAUACUGGCACGAUAAAGAGAAGGUGAAGCAAUGACAGUAUGUGUAAAAGUAUAUACACAACAGAGAAAAAACUACACAGGUAUUAUAGUUAGUCAAAUUGUGUAUUUGACUAUGGAUUUGAUAUCUCUAGUGACUGAAAAUUUUCCUUCAGUGGCGCGCUGUUGCAAAGCUUCUCUGUGGCUUUUCUUUUGAAACAUACUGCAAGCUCUUGCUUCAUUGUCUUAGUGAUUUCUUAACGUUUUUAGAUCGUGUGCAUUUAAGCAACUACACACUUAGUCACACUAAUAAUUAGCCUACACCCCAAAAUCUUUUUUUGCCAUGUUAACGUUAAUCUUUGUUUUUCACGGACUAAAGGGAGAAUUGUGAGCAAGUAUUGAUGCAAAAGUCCAUCUGGGAAUAAAUUGUAUGGAUUAAGAGAGUAAGAAAGAGAAAAAGAUGUAAGGUGAUGUAAGUCAUUGUCUUGUUCAGUAGGAGGGAGGAUGAGCCGUGAAAGCACACAGGUUUUAUAUGGUUUGAAAUAAUUUGAAAUCUGUGUGAUUUUAUUAAACGGGUUAAUAACUCAUACAGGAAAUCCCCACAUUAAGAGAGUCGAUGUGAGGUUAGAGUCCAAUCCUGGCAGCAACUCAGUAAUCUCACCACAAGGUCCAUUUGGCUGUUCUGGAGUUUCAAACAGCUCAUGAUCAUUAGGAGCAGACAAAGUCUCAGUUUUAAUGAUUUGUUUGUGUGCUCAGUCAUACCCAUGAUCUCUACACUUGAAAUCCUGUUAACAUGUCAUCAAAGUGUCCAGUUUUUUGCGUCACUGUUUAUACUCACGAGUAAUUAAGUGUGGUUACUUUUGCAUCUUGAUUUGCUUUACCGGAGUGCUUUACAUUGAAUUCUUUUGCACACAUUUCCAUGGCUUUUAAAACUGAAUAUCUAUGCAUUCGACAACAUGCAGACAAUGACGACACAUCUGCUCAUAGUCAUGAUGCUUCUUACUCAGUCGUCCACUCCCACACAGUGUGUGUUAUGUCAAGAGGUGGAUUUGACAAUGCUGUAGUCUUUACACAAUCUUACUCAACACCAGCAGGUCGCUGCAGAUACAAUUUCACAUGCUAAUACAUAACAUAACAACACACCCACAUGCAGUUUUUCGUCAUCUAAUCUCCUCUAGUGAUGUUUGGAUCUGCCACACCCCGCAAAAAAAUCCUAUGUUUUGUAUCUCUAGGUUUUAAGAUCUUGGGGUUAGGAUCAGACUUGUUCAUCAUGUUACUAUAGCGAACGCUUUUCUUGAUUUCAAAGAUUCCUUUUCUAGAUGUUGACAUUCAGUAUGUAUUUUUUAUAUUCAUUUUUCUUCUUAAUUUUAUCUUACACUUUUAAUACCACUUCCUUUGCACUUUUGCUUUAUCGAGUCUGCAGCACUUCCUGUGUGGUUUUAUCUGUUAUUACCAAGAAGUUCACGUGAUCGUGUCAAUCUAGUUUGUUUCAGUCCUUAUAUAUAAAACAAGGCCGUGCUGUCCUCCUGAGAGACAAACUGUGGCUUACAACUGAUUAUCACUAUCUGUACAGAGCAAAAUAUCCAACUCAUGUGCCUCGUGUGAUUACUUAUACAUAUCAACAGAACCUUGAUAAGCGCUAAUACAAAUAGGAGCUGAGGAACCUUAAGAUCUCUGUUGAAAGAGAACAGAUUGUUUAAUUCUGGUGAGCUGGACUUUUUGCACUCAGAUGUGAAAGCAAUGGUCAUCUUGCAGCAGUAUUUCUGUUUCAUGACGUUUUAGGGAUUUGGAACUUUAUCAGUGCAGAUAGUCGUAUCAUUUACAGUUAAACUUGGGACAAAGCUCAUAGUUCUUGUCUGUUUUUGAUAUGAGUGUGAUUACGCAUUUACAAAACAUCAUCAUUAACAUCAUGACUCUUUCUGAUGUUGAAAAUCCAACUUGGGUUUUUAAUAGGGGUUGGGUUUAAAAAAAUGCAAGGAUUUAACUGGACGAUUACGGCUUACUCGCCAUUAACAAGCCCGCUUUACCCCUUGACCACUGGACUCUGCAUGCAACUGAUCACUUGCGCAAAAAGUUGGUGCAUUUCAGUAAAUUUAAAAGGGAUGUAAUCGCUCGAGUGGUUGCCAAGUCAAUGUGAAACUUUGUUUGGGGAUCUCCGUUUGAGACCAAAAGCCUCCACGUGCUUUGCUUGAAACUAGAACUUCAUUUGAACCAAUAACUUUUUAUAUUUCCUGAUUGCACACUUUUACAUAUUGUAAAUUUCUCCCCCCUGCUGGCCCUGCUGUUGUUGGAGAUUAAUGUCCUGUGUAUUAGCGUGUUAUUAUGAGCUAAGCCAACUUGAAUUCUGAAACCAGCAGGGAAAAAUGUUCACAAUAGGGUUCAGUCUCAGUCUCUCAGGGUGUCUUUAGCUACUUAGCUGAGAAAUACCCCAAAGCUGCCAAUCAUGGAGCCAGAGCUGUGUUGAAACACCUAGCUCUCUCUCACAGCAGUGCAGCGAGUGUGCUGAUGCAGAGAGCUGGAAACCAGGGAGGGAGGGCAGAUGUAGAAAGGCUCAUUGUGUGGAGUUACCAGUGUCACCAUAAACAACAGGAGCUUUGUAGAGCCAGGAACAGGCCACAUCCAGCACACACACUCACACUCACACACACUCACUGAGGGCACAGUUGUACAUAAACCCACCCGCUUAUUGUUUUAAUUCACCAAAUCUCUCUGUCUUUGUGUCUCUGAACAGCCGAAGAAGAAGCUGACACCUUAUCUUCUCUACUGUGUUUCAACUGCAGUCAUCGGCUCGCUGCAGUUUGGCUACAACACCGGGGUCAUCAAUGCUCCAGAGCAGGUGUGUGUGUUUACAGCGUGUUAGUCACAGAGCUUGAUUUUUAUAAUUAACAAUCACACUGGGAAAACCUUUUUAAAAAGUGGGCAUGAAUUCUGGCUAAUUAGAGCUGCAAAACCACAUCUUCUGUCAUUUUCUGAUUUGUCUCUAAUCCUCAACGACCUUUUAGGUUAUUUUAAAAACAGAUAAUAAUAUUAACAAUAAAGUAGUUGGUCUGUUUUUGACCUUAAAGUUUUCUGAUCUUUCUUGAGAGUGCAUCUUUUCAAGGAUCUAGUGCUAAAAGCUAUGCUGCCCCCCUGUGGAUGUGCCAGAAAUCCCCAAAACACACAACAAGCACAAGCUUUGCCACAUCCGCCAGACCUUCAAUCACCAAAGACUGUCUUUAAAGUUCCAUUUUAAAAUCCUAAAACUCUUCUCUGUGGUUUUGACAGAAACUGCGUAGAUUUUUCCAGAAUGUGUCCAUGGAGCGGUACGGGGAGCCUUUCACCCCGGGGACUAACACCAUGGUUUGGAGUUUUGCUGUCGCCAUCUUCAGUGUGGGAGGAAUGAUCGGGUCCUUCUCUGUUGGAGCGAUGGUCAACAAGUUUGGCAGGUGAGAAUAUCAGGAAAAAGAACUGUGGUGAGGUGACGGGGUCAUUCAAUCAAGUUAUUUUAAGGACAGUGAGUGCAGCUAGUUUAGUGUGAUUUAUUUUCUUCACACUUGCAGCUGUUUGAGAGAAAUCAGACGAGACUCAGACAAUUGUCCUCCAUAAUAAUUUUCUCCUUCUCUCUCCUCACCAGGCGUAAGUCCAUGCUGCUCGCUAACAUCCUGGCUGUUAUCGGUGGAGGUCUGAUGGGACUGUCAGUUGUGAGUCGAUCUUUUGAGGUUGUCAUCGUCGGCCGGUUGAUCAUCGGUGUGUUUUGUGGUCUGUGCACCGGUCUGACCCCCAUGUACGUGGGAGAGAUCACCCCCACUGCCGUCAGAGGAGCCUUCGGCACACUGCACCAGCUGGGUGUAGUUAUUGGCAUCUUGGUGGCACAGGUAUGAUGUUGUGAUUUUUUUAGUCCUACAAUUUCUCUGGAUAAAAAACAACCAAUGAAACAAAUGUUAGCAUAAACAUGUAACACGACAAGCAUGUUUUUGCAUUGUCCUCAGACAUGAGGAGCUCAAUUCAUGAUUAAAAUAUUCAAGUCAAAGAUCCACUCUCUCACUACAGAGCAACAAAUAUUUUUAGACUCAACUUUCAAAUCAAGUUUGAAUCUUUAUUGUUCAAUAUUCAUGAUAAAGUGACAUGACUGAUCAGACCUGAACUGACUGAAAUCUGCUUUUUAGAUCUUUGGUCUGGAGUCUCUGCUCGGCUCAGACACACUGUGGCCUCUGUUGUUGGCUCUGACCAUCCUGCCCGCCAUGCUGCAGACUGUCCUGCUGCCAUUCUGCCCUGAAAGCCCCCGAUACCUGCUCAUUGUCCUCAAUCAGGAGGAAGAGGCAAGAAAAGGUUAGUUUUGAGACAUUUUCCAAUAUGUUGAAAAGACAGUAACAUAAGUUAGACCAUAUCUAGACUGACCUGUGAUCAUUUGUAAGCUAAUGAAUCUUCCAUAGACUUGAACAUAGAUGACUAGUUUCUUUCUUUUCACCGUAUUUGAAGACAUCAUUCUCAACAUUCCUCCUUUCUGUUUAUCCAUUUUGUCUCCUCCAUGUAGCACUGGUUCGUCUGAGAGGUUGUGAAGAUGUGAGUGAUGACAUUCAGGAGAUGAAAGAGGAAGGGAUGAAGAUGGCCAUGGAAAAGAAAGUGACCAUCCUCGAGCUCUUCCGCUCUCCAAACUACCGUCAGCCCAUCAUUAUCGCCAUCAUCCUGCAGCUCUCUCAGCAGCUGUCUGGCAUCAAUGCUGUGAGUACAUCAUAGUAUAUAAUAGGGCAGAGUGAUAAUGAUGUCAUUAACAAGUGUCAGCCCAUGUAACGAAAGAGGGUUAUCGUCAAACUUGUCAUCUCAUGAAUCUUAAAGGAGCAUUUAUUGCAAGGAUUCAGACGUCUUUGACACGCAACAAGAAAAGCGUCAUUGCUUCAGGCGGAGUUAGAUUGAGCGGAAUAAGCUAGGCCUCUGUGGGUCAAUGGAAAGAGACAACACAGUGGUAUUUAACAGGUUUUUGGUUAAUGAGGUCAUGUAACCCGGCUGACUAGAUGUAUUAGACGUAGCUGUGUCUGACCUGACAAUCACAGUUAAGCUGCUGUGGCCUUUAGCUAAAGGCUGCAACAUUGAUUGAACUCUGACAGACAAAUUAGCAUUCAAGAGAUGAAUCAAUGACCUGCCCUGCAACUCAUACAUAACACAACUUGUGUGUUUCUCUUUUUGACAUUGCCAAAGUUUAAAGCUUAAGUUAUCAGACAUUAUUUUCUUACUUCAACUGCUAAUGUUCCUGUGGCCCACAUUCUCGAAACCAAAAAUACAAAGGUGUUUUUGCCUGUUUUAUUAGCAUAAUUUAGAUAUUCGUAAUAUUAUUGCCAAGCCUAAAAGUCUUUACCUUUAAUUUAUUUACCCAAGUCCAAAAAAGGCACUAGGUUAGCAGCUAGCAACUGAUGUAGUGACACAUUUAGCCACAGAAAAAUUAGCUUGUUUGUGUCAGAAGUUUCCCCUGACCAAAAUAGAGCAAAACCAGAGCAAAUAUGGGGCUUAAAUAUGCUGAAUAGACAUAAACACAGCUCAAAGUUAAUGUUACUGUGUAGCUUCUGAAUGUGUGAAUUGACAGCUGUUAGCUAACGUUAGGAUAAUCAACACUUAAGGGCGAUAGUAGUCAGUGCUAAAUUGUUGUUAUGCAUCUUGGCAGCCUAAGAAUCCAUCACUCAGGAUUAAUAUGAUGUAAUUUCAUUCACUGGAAUAAAAUAUUAACCCCUCCAUUUUCCUCCCUGUCAGGUAUUUUACUACUCCACUGGCAUAUUCGACACAGCUGGUGUUACUCAGCCCAUUUACGCCACCAUAGGAGCUGGGGUUGUCAACACCGUUUUUACUGUUGUCUCUGUAAGUGUCUGAAGGCUCAUUUUGUGUCUCAAUACUCGUUGGAUUUUUAAUGAUGUGGUCAUCAAUUAUACUGAAUUGUUUCACCUCCAGCUCUUCUUGGUUGAACGGGCGGGACGAAGGACGCUGCACCUGAUUGGCCUCGCUGGUAUGGCGGUCUGUGCCCUCCUCAUGACCAUCUCCCUGUCUCUGGUGGUGAGUGAUGGUUGAAUGAUUUUUCAUGCCCUGUGAGGUUUUUUGCUCGCCAGAAUAAAAAGUGUCCCAAUUUCAGCCUCAUUACAUCUUUAAUCUUUUGUUUUUCUCUCUGAGCAGAAGACCAACCCAUCUGUAAGCUACAUGGCCAUCGUGGCUGUGUUUGGCUUUGUUGCCAGUUUUGAGAUGGGUCCAGGUCCCAUCCCGUGGUUCAUUGUGGCAGAGCUAUUCUCCCAGGGGCCCCGACCUGCUGCCAUGGCUGUCUCUGGUUUCUCCAACUGGACUGCUAACUUCCUGGUGGGACUUGGCUUCCCAAAACUGGAGGUAUGAACACAUUUGUGCAAAAACCUUGAGAUGUUGCCGUGUAAAUUUGACGCAUACCCUAAAAUGUUUUCUUUUUCUACCCCCAGGAACUUUGUGGUCCUUAUGUCUUCAUCAUCUUCAUGAUCCUCCUUAUCUUCUUCUUCAUCUUCACCUUCCUCCGAGUGCCUGAGACCAAGGGAAGGACCUUUGAUGACAUUGCUCAGGGAUUUGCUUCCAGUGCAGGGAAAUCUGCCACAUCUCCAGAUCCUGAGGCUAUGGUCGUUGGCUUACCAGAGAACAAAGACCCUCCACCCAUGUCACCUACAGAGAAGGUGCCAAUGGUGGAUGUCCCCCCAGAGAAGUAAUGAGUGAAAAAGAACAGAUUUACAAAUGUGGUUCAAGCAUAUAGAAAUUAUAAGGAGUUAUACAUACGUGAUAACUCAAAAAUGCAAGGUGCAGGAGAGGCGUGGUGUAUUUCUAGAAAAGCCACCUCAGUGCAUUAACACAGAAAUAAGAUUGUAGUCUUUUUAAUAUGUGUUUUUAAACUGCCUUUUUAAAUCAUGUGAUGUGUUUUUUAAGGUUGCCCUGUCACAGACGCCUAAAAAAUGUCAGAAUUCCCUGUAAUCCUUCUUAAAACAUGGGUCAAAUUUAACUGAAUUACUUGUACUUUAUAUUUGUUGGUAUUCCCAGGGCCAGCUUUGCGUCUAUUGCCAUAUAAGAGGAUCAACAUAUGCUCAAUGUUAAGUCCCAGGUCCUCAGCUACCCCCCAGUGUUUAAAGGUUGCAGGAUUUGGGGGUUUUAUGUAUUGAGGUCAAGCCUGAAAAGCCGGUUUUGGAGCCUCAGUAGAUUGACCCAAAAAAAGAAAAAAAAAUACUGACUUGCAGUCUUGUCUGCCUGUUGAUGUGCCUUGCUGCUAAGGGGGAGGGAGCCAUGUGGCCUUAAGUGGGCAGAAUUAACAUGGCGGAGGUGCUGUGGAUUUGAAAUAAAAAUAUUUAAGUAUUUAGAAGAGAAGAGAUAUUUAUUCAUAUUCUGUCGCAGGAUGUCCUCGGAGAGAAGAGGACAUUUGUGUUUGGAUGUUUUUCAAUUUAGAGCAUUUGUGCUGACAAUUAAGAAACAACAAGGACAGAUUUGUGAGUUGGUACUGUCUGCAUCAACAACAUCGUCGGUAUGAGAUUUAGGUAUAGUCCAGCACUGCUUAGCCUCAACAAAAGUUUUGUUUUGCCUGGGCUUACUGCUCUGAAAAACACAAACCUAACUCCUUGUGUUUGAUGAUAUUUUCACAGGGUACAGCCUUCAUGUUAGAAAAAAAAAACUUGUUAGAAACAUACAGGACUUGGAAAUAAGAACUCAGGUGGCUACUUGUGUUACACUGUAUAGUCUGCUUCUGACUGAUGCGGCAUACUAAUAUGUUGAUUCAUCCCUAUACUUGAAACUGUUUUGACAAUAUUACAAAACAGUAAUUUUCAUAAAUUAAGCAUCUUACAAUCUGUACAAUAGUGUUACAUUAAAUCAGAAAUGCUUGCCAGUGUUAAACAGUCACUUGAGCAGUUGAUUACACACAUUUACUGUAAGUUUACUGGUAUUUAAAUGACCACAAAUGUCUGUCUACAGAAGAUAUUAGCCAUAUGGGAUGGUCAUUUUACAUAACACUAAAUGUGUCUCCUGGUUAAUGCUUGGUUAACGCACAAAAUUGUGUUUUCAUAGAUAUGUUUGUUUCUGAUCAUCUGAAAUCAUGUGUAUAUAUUGUACAAUCUCCACUUACUGCCAUAUGAUCAAUUAUUACAACACAGUUUAUAUGCUUAUAAGUAUUAUGCCAGUAUUUUGUAUAUCUCCAUCUUUUUCUGCAUCACACACUUAUAAAGACGCACUUUUCAGUGCUCAAGCUUAGCAGUGCUCUCAUUUGCACUCUUGCAGUCUGACUCUGUUGGAUUAUUGUGUGUGCCUUUCUUUUUCUUGUAAAUAUACUGUGUGUGUUGAUGUGUGCAUCGUUUUGUUUGGUAUUUGUUUCGCCUUAUUCUGUUUCAUCUUUGUAACAUCCACUGAUUUUUCUUGCACUCUGGAAAUACUGUUACUAUGGUGAAUGUUACAGAAGGCAAAGAAGAGACACAGGCUAAAAUUGUGGAGUUAGAAAAAGCAUAACCUUCAUUAUAUUUUCUAUUAUAAAGUCUUCUGCUGUAUUAAUAUGAGUGACACUUGCUUUGAGAAGCUAAAAAGGAAAUAAAAUGUGCCACCUUUUAAGGGAAUGUGUGAUCUUGAUUAUUUGCUUCAACAGCCUGUUAUUUUUCUGUCGGUGAUGACACAAUUCAAAGCAAGUUUCUUAUAAUGAAUGAUUAAUACAUCUGCAGUCUUUGCUGAAGUAAAACUGUGUGAGAUUUGUCUGGGAUUGGUCCAGCUCUCACUUCCACACUGUGGCGGCUCCGUUCCCUUUUCUGCACUGCAGCAAAACCUCAGUAAGCUGUUUGGUUUUACACUAUAGGGCUUACCAAUACUCUGAGGCAUUGAAACGAAGCUAUGAGUUAUUUUUUCUCUCAUUGGCUGCUGCAGUUUAGCAGUUGAGCUGCAGAUGAUAGGACCAAAACAUAAAGUAAAUGUAUGGCUGGUAAAUAUUUGACAGACUUCCUUACAUAUUCUGUUGAAGCCUCACGUGGACAUGAAUCCAUUUAUUGUACGUGAGUUUGAGCUCCUGUGUGGAGUUUUAAACAGGAUGUUAGAAGAAACUAAAAUUAAUAUUAAUGCUCCUCUGGCUAUCAGCAAUAAAAAUGAUAAUCUUUAUGAAGGCAUUUUUUAUUGUAAACAUUGCCACCUACUACCGCUAUUGGUGCCAAAUGAAGGGAGAUAAACAGCCUCUGUUGACCUUUUAAACUGCAAAGAUUUACAAUGGGUGAUAAAUUUUAACAAGACUUCUCAUCAGAAGACACUGUUUACAGAAUAUACAGGACACAAUCAGCAAAGAAUUAAGAUGUACUAUUGCCACAAAAAAUCAAAACCUAAGCUCUUCACAGGAACUUCAGUUAGGGGUAGGAUUUUUGUUUAUCUAAGAUCUUAACUUAACACUAUAUUAUCAUAACUCCUGUCCCAAGUCAAGAUAGCAAAAAACAAACAGAAACAGGCUUAACUUUUCCUCUCAGCUGUGGGCAACGCUGUCUAGUCAAUCACAAUGAUCAACCUACUUUUUGAUAAUGUACAUUUUCAUAAAGUUAUCAAAUUUGCACUUGUCACAGAAGACAGAAAAUAUUGUAUUUGAGCGAUGCUGAUGAGGAAAAUUAAUAUUCGUGGUACUUUUACAGUUGAUACUUUUUAAAUUGUACUUUUAUUUUGAAAAUCAUCUGGCUCCUAAUUUUCCCAUUAGGCUUUGGGGGGUAUCAACAGGAAGUGUUGUUUCCAUGGAGCUAGCUAGCGAGCUUAUAACCAAGUUACUCUUUAAGUUUUACUAUUUGAGUUUUGUUUUUCUUUAUUUUUUUAAAUAUGUGGCACACUUUUGGCGCUAUAAAGCUAUUAACAUAUAACCGAAUCGACAAAAGGAGUUCAUUCUUGGGCCGCGGGAUGGAUUUAUUGACGUUUGUUCACCGUCGCCAUUAAAAAUGUGUAAGUCCAGACUCUUUUUGAAAUGUUUUGCUAUGUAUAUGUGUAGGCAUUUGAAAAAAUUAAAACUACUGCUUUUACUAUAUGAAAUUUUAGUAUUUUUAACUUUUUAUAAUAUUUAAUUUUUUUUAAUUUUUUUUUUAAUUUUUUUUUUAUCAGCUUCAAACGUACAAACCAAUGGGCUAAACCUGGAUUUAUACGUUUGGAUUACUUCCUUAAUGAGGAGGGGGACCUUGAUCCAUUUCCGUGUUCACCUCAACCCCUUGCAGCUAAGAGCCCUGGGUAAUAGGGCCCCUGGCUGGUUGGCUGGCUGGGAAUGAGGCCAUUUAAUAACUAUGCCAAACCAAUAGGCUGCAACAUCUCCCUGCAAGAGUCUCCUGAAGUCUUCCUCACUGCAGUGAACUGGGGCAUGAAAGCCAAUCAACAAGCUGCAAUACUGCGCUCUGGCCAGUGAGUGGCGUGCACGGACCGAAGGGCUGUUCAGAAGUGUUAGCGUGUGUGAGUGUGUGGUGUCUGGAUGAGCAAUGCUGUGAGGCAUGGAGUGUGUGUGUGAGACAGCGGGCUCAGGGGAGACAGGAGGGAGAGAGUGAGGGUGUUAAGAGGAUGUAGAGGAAGCUCCAACCACAUGAAUGAUGGAGAGCAUCCAAAACUAUGCAGAAAUUAUAUCAAUUUUCCAUAAAAGGUGGAGCCCUCAGACAUCAUGCAAUAGAAAAGAAAAAGGAAGUUGGGUGCUCACACAUGCCGCAACUUGAAAAGUGCAAGUAAGCACAGUGAACAGACGUGAAGGAUGCCACGGUUUGUCUGCCAGGCGGCCUUCAAGAAAAGUGUGUGAAGAAUUAGAGGAGAGCUGGAAGUGCUGUCGUUAGACGUGUCUAGACAGUUGUUCUAAAGACAUGACAAACUUGUUUAUUAUUUUUUCCACCUCCCUCUCCCUUGUCAGUUUCAUGUUGACUCUCUGUAUUCUUUCUCUCGCUCUGUCUCUUUGUAAAAAAAAAAAAGAAACUCUCUCUCACUCUCCUCUUCUCACUCCUUAUUUCUUCCUCUCCCCCGUCGCUGUGACAACAGUGUUUUGUUUACUUCUUGGCUGGAAGUGUACUUGUUGUAUGUGCUGCUCUGUAAAUAUUUUUCUCAUUCCCUCAUCCUUUCAUUCAUCCACCUCCUCUUUCUCUCUCCCUCUUUCUCUCUCUCUCUCCCUUGGAUAAAGGGAGCAAACAGACUCCACCCCCUCUCUCACCCCCCUCUCCCUCCCUCUUCUGCUCUUUCACACACACUCACUCUAUCUCCCUCUUUCAUGCUCUCUCCCUCCCUCUCUCUCUGUCAGUGUCAUUCUGUAGUGGAGAUGUGGAGUGUCUUUCUGUCUCUCUGUCUGUUUUUCCAGCCUAAUUCAGCUGAGGAAGGUAAGAACGAAACUUUUUACAGCUCACAUUCACGCUGUGACUGUGUGUGCGGUGUGUGAGCGUACGUGUAUGUUUGAGGGUAUGCGCGGGAUGGAGAGUUUGCACAGCGCUCUCAUCCCAUCAUGUGCUCAUAAUGAGUCCACAAGUUAAGGAUGGACUCUUGGUAUGCUUCUGCGAUCACUCACUAAGAAUAUGACUCUCUUGGACUGCUGGACACUUUUAAAAAUGUCUAAAAUUGUGGCAUGCAAAUCUACAGAGACGACUUAAAAGCCUCUGAUUUGUUUUCUUAAUUUUACGGUUUCACUUCUAGUAUGGAAACGGAUGAACAAUGCCUUCCUUUUUAUUUGAAAACACAUCCCUGUCUGUCUGUUUUGUCUUGUUUUGUAGGCUUUGCAUUGUGUCUGUGGAUAUCGGUCUGUGUUUUGAAGCUUGCGCGCUACACAUCAGAUAGGACUUUGUUGGCUUGGAAGUGCCAGGUGCUUGCUGUAGCCUAACAAGCUCCAGCAGACAAAAGAAUAUGGAAAUAAGGCCGGCGACAAAUGAAUAAUAAGUUGCAUAACCCUUUUUCGCUUUGCCUAUUUUAUUUGGCAAUCCCCCCGGCCCCUGUGUCACUCAUGAUCUCAUGGAUGUGACAGCCAGAUCCCUCUGUCCCCCCUAUCUCUUCUCAAGUGUUAUUAUCAGUGUCUCUUAUAGAAAAAUAUCAUUAGAGUUGUUGUCUCGGUACUAAUAUCAGUCUGAUACUGAUAUCGGUCAGUGUCUGAGCGAGUCAAAGUUCGCAAAAUGUCAACAAAUACUUUUUCCUGCUUAAAUCAUGUUUGUUUUUUAAUCACACUAGUAUCUGUAGGGUUAUCAGUCCUGGCUGAUUGUGAGUGUUGAUAUCGGAAAAUGUGACCAGAACAUCCUUGAAUAGGAUACGUCUGAAGAAGUGAGUGAGACAUCAGUACGAGGAAAUGCUCUGUUAGAUCCGAGUGGGCUGACUUGAGAAACCAGGUGAUAAUUUGAUGACUCAAACUGGCUUACUGUGAGUGUGUCUGCGUGCGACUGGGCAUACACACACAUAUUCUUAUAGGCCCAAGCAUGCUUUAGUGUCUGACUAUACAUAGCUCCAGCUCCCACAUCCUGUCCCCAACACUUUGGAGGGUUCCAACAGUCAGCACGCAAUUACUUUUGAAGGAUCCGGCUGCACCACGUCAGAAAGAGCUGCACCUGUUCAUGCUCAUCUCUCCCUGGCUUUAGUUUACUAGCGAGGUGUGUGAGUAUGUGUGUGUGUGUUUGUCGGUUAUAGUCUAUAAUAGAGGUAACUUAUAUGUCAGCUUCAUGCCACAUUAUUAAAGCUGUGUUUGUAACAGAUGGCCUGGACUAAGAUGAGACGGAACGACAGAGAGGGAAAGAGGGAGGCUGCACGGUGCUACUGGCCUACUGACUGUUUGUGUAAUUGAAAUAGAGCUCUUGUAAUACAGUAUUAACCCAAUAGCAUGGACGUCCAUACAAAUCCACAUGAAUUGAAACAUCUAGUUAUGUGAUGGAGGAGGGAUUUGUUGUCUGCCUCAGCUUUCAUCACAGUAGAUUAUUUGUUUGUCUGGACUGAAAGGCUCACUGAAGCAUUUCCUGUCUCUCUUUUAUUAUUACCAAUUAUUUACCGUCGGCUGCUUUUCAGGUAAACCUUUGCAACUAUCCAUAAUUGUUGUCUGUUUACACACUAUAACGUAAAACAACAGUCUUUUUUACCUUUAUUUCCUGCAGUGUACAGAACCAAGGCUAGAUUUCUGUCUCUUUCCAGGCAGACAGACUACACACCAUGUGAGUGACAGGCGCUUGAUUCAUCACUCUUACAUGCUGCCUGUCUAAGUGCUGACAGCUUCGCCCACAUGCAUUGUUGACAUGACGCCACAUGGCUCGCUCCGAAAUAGUCGGAUCUCUGUCGAGGAUUGCGUGUUCACUUGGGAUAAUCAAAAACACUGCUGAAGUAGAGGCCUGUGCAGGAGGCACACCUGAUGCCCCUCCAGCUCUUCCUGCCAUGGAUGAACGGAUCUGCAGUGAUGCUCACUGAGCUAUGCAUACACAGAAAUGAACCAUGUAUCAUUAGUGAAGCUUAUGUCAUUUCUAGAAGAGGAUAUUCAAGCUGAUUUUGACCACAAGGAAACAGAGUACAGAGAGGGUAAACUACAGAGGAUAAAUGUUUUCCUACUCAAAAUUCCCCUUAAAUUUCAGAAGCGCUUUCUUAAAGGUUAAUAUUUAAUUAUUUGUACCGGCAAAGUAAAUCUCACAGCAACGCUUACUUUACAUAUUUAACCUUUAAAAAAGAAAAAAACAUAAUGACCUUAUAAAGAGCAUUUAUUGUAUAGAUCAAGUGGCUCGUGAAAAAUUUGCUGUAAUCUUUUCACUUGACAUUACUUAACUAAUUUAUGAUCCGCCGAGAUAAUUUGUCCGUCAGCUUUACAUUUUAAGGGUGGGAAAAUCAGCCCGUCUGUGCUCGUGCUCUUUGAAAAAAACCUUCUCAAACCUCUCAAAUCUAGCUUGACAUGUCUUGACUGCAAAUGAGAUGACAGUUCAUACUGGCCUAAAUAUUUUCUACUCUCUUAUAAAUCUGUUGACAAUCAAAGCCAUCAACAUUACUCAGUCAUCAUCUUGUGUGCACAUUGUUAUAUUUUGCACAAGUUAUUUCCUUUCCAAAAGUUAUUAACAUUUGUAAACACACCGAUGGUUAAUAUCUCAUCAAUCAAACAAGAUAAACAUGAUCAGUCUGAGCAUAUUGUUUUUUACAGUCCUCAUGUUUUUAGAUUUCUGUGAUCUGAGUGUUUAUGAAGCACUUGUACAUUCCAGUUUUAAAACUUAUUCCUAUAAUAAAAGCCUAAUAAAUACUUCCUCAGCUGCUGGUAAUCUGACACCAGGCUGUGUAAACUUGGGAUCACGUUGUUUUACUCUGCAGCCGUGUGCGCCAUCUCUCUUGUCACCACUGGUGUCUGGCUCUAAGUGUGUAAUAAUUAGGCUGAUCACUGUCUUUAUCCUGGGUGAAUUAAUCCGCCUUUCUAGGACAAGAUAAAUUAGAGAAAGUGAGAUAAGAAAACAAAUGCCACGCUUGUCACAGCAGGAUGGAUGCCACCAACGGCCCUGAAAAGCUCUCCGUUCUGUCCCUCCAGCCUGCAUGUGCACUGAAGUGCAAAAAGAGAGAAAUAAUGUUCCUGUGGGAAGUGGAAGAAGCAGCAUCCCCGUCAUUGAUGUGACAACACUUAACUGUGACCAGGCAUUAUAUUUAGCAGCUUUUUUACACGUGAAUCUCAAAGCAAGAUAAUUUUCUGUGGCUGUUGAGAGCACUGUAAUGACAUUAGGACACUUUACCUCAAAUGAAUCACACGUCUGCCAUUUGUGAUACGAGAGGGUAAAAGCCCGCGGUGGCGGCGGCUGCGAGCCAAGUCUCUGCUUUGAGUCACUGGGUGUUGUGGCAAAUAGCAUUGCAGAUAAUGUGCCUGUGCAGACAGACAAUAAGUGAGAGCUAAAAUGUAAGUGAAAGAUGAACGCGUGGUAUGGGCUGCUGCGACACAGAGGAAUGUAGUAUGCAGGUUUGAGUUUCAUAUUAAAGCUUUACUUGGCACUUUGUGUGUUGGGAGUGAACGGGGUGAGAGUUUGAUUGUUGAAGGCUGAAGUAUUCAGAGAUGACUCCAUGAAAGUGCAGAAAACUGAUCUAGUCUCAGAUUUGCAUUCCUUCUGUAUGAGUGGCUGCUGAGGGUUGAGAUAGUGAUGAUGAUAUUUUUACAGCAGGGUCUUUACUGGUGACUCUACAUUUCCUUGAAUGCAGUAUUUAUUGCUGCUUCGGAGCAGCCUUUGCGCUUUGAUUCUAUAUUUCCACUUUGCACACAUUAUUUUCCUCCAGUGAACAAUUAAGUCGCGCUAGGGACAAGCUGCUCUACUGUAGCCGCAUUUAGAGGCUUUUUUCCACAAGAGUUUUGGCGAACACAUUUUUUGGGUCAGGCUCAUUAAACACUGGCAUGACUGCUUCAUUCAUGACAAUUCCAAGGACUGUUCGACCUGAACCAUCAUCUAGAAUGGGUAUUAACGAUUAUGAAAUCACAUUUCUUAUGGUUGGAGAGGUGGAAAGUGCAGAAAUACCGGAAGAUGCUAACAGAAUGGUUUAACUUCACAAAUAUACUUUAGAUUUGAACAAAAAAGACCGACACCACUCUAAUGAGUUUGUGCUAAAUAUGAAGGCAGAGCCGGCCGGGUGUGUCGGCUUAGCUUUAAGUCUGGAAACUGUAGCCAGCCUGGUCAUUUAGCCAAACCCACAAACCAACACCUUUAAACUCACCAUUAAACACCCUUUAUCUUUGUUCAGUUAAAAAAUAUGCCCUCCAGAAAGUUGCAAAUGGUUGUGUUUAACAUUUUGUUGACAACAGAUUCAACAAACAACUCGAAGUUUGCCAAUUUGUGAGUUUUGGAGGCGCUGGUGGGCAGAUUGGGUGGGCAGAUUUUGUUACUUGCUAGUCUUUCUGCUAAGCUAACAGGCUGCAGGUGGCAGCUAUCCAUGUAGCCCACAUACUUUUAAUAGUGGUAUUUAUCUUUCUACCUUAAAAUGUCAUAAUCCUCAAUCAGAACUUGUCGUUGAAGAUCAAAUGUCUGAAACCUCGUUCUCCUAGAAACCCUUUCAGCUCUCAGAUCUGUAGCUCCUGUAACCCUCCAAAACAAACAAAUCUUAUUUCACACCAGCUUCACAGGAUAGUUAGUCUGUCAUGAAAAGGUGUGAAACUAAGCUGGUUUUGAACUUUUCUCUAGCUGCCUUUUUAAUUUCUCACACCAUCAGUACUCUCGCCUUCCAGUAUAUAACUGAGCGCAGCAUUAUGGAUGCAUUCCAAGACAGACUGUGUAUUUCAUUUAUUCUCAUACUCACAGGAGUAGUGUGGGAGAUAGGAUGAAUUUGGCAGACACUGACUCUGCAUUCAAAAACAUGUUUUGAUGAGUGUAAAGUCUACUGUGAUUGAGAAUCAGUGCAUAUUUGUUUACCUUUUAUGAGCCAGUUUAUCAGAAGGAGCUGGUUCUUCUCGAUUGUGUCUACAGAAGCCCAAAAAGAUUAGGUGUAUCUCUUGGUCCACAGAGGGCGCCAAAAUUGACACAGUUAAAAGUUGGGCAAAUAUAAAAUCGUCACCCUCGCUUGUCCACAUCAGACUUUUAGUGGUCAAAGGAAAGUAUUUCAUGUUUUUAUAACUGAAGGCCUGAAAUCCCAGUCAAAUGUCUAAACCAUAGACUGUAUAGUCUAUGGACAACUUGGUUCUGCCUUCCGCCAGUAUACGGAUUUCAGGCCAAAAAGCUCCCGGUAAUUUCAUGUUUUUUCACCACUUCCUUAAACCAACAUUGCGCUGUAGUGUUGUACGCAUUCGGCGGGAGAGUUGCUGUGAGGAAGCUCGGCUCAAACAGCGUAUCCCCCAGGUGAGCUACGCUAUCUUCGUACGCCCAUAGGUUGUAUCAGGUGUCAAUCAUAGAAAACUUAAACCCCCUAAUAACUUUUAAAAACAGAGCUACACAGAAAAAAAGAGAACUUAAGCACAAACCAGUCUUAUAAUAACUACAUGUCAAGAUCGCAAACAGGGGGGAGAAAAAUUAACAUUCUGUGUUAUAAAUUUCUAAAGUUUGUCCACAGCCCAAUAAGGAUGGCUGGCGGAGGCGGGAUUUAUGACCUAUACUGCAGCCCAUCACUAGAGGGUGCUGUUCUCGGUUUGGCUUCGCCCAGCGAGGAGGCAGGCACUGUCCAUUCUAUAUACAGUCUGUGGUCUAAAUUGUAACAUGUCCACUUGCAACCUGUUAUUGCAGUAGCUCCAGCUAAUGGCUGCUGUCAUAAUGCUCUACUACCCAGUUACAAACACGCUUGUAUGUCAGAUGGCAUCUAAAUGAAAGAAAUAAAGUUGUAUACUGGCUGUGUCUGGUUAAACUUGGAUAUAAGGGCUUGACCAGAGUAAUGUGUAAUAAGCACUGGCAUGUGAACAAUCAACUGCAAGACGGACUGAAGACUGGAGGAGCUAGCUCUGCUAAUGUUAGCUCCUCUCAGCAAACCAGUUUGACGUUGUCUACCCUCAGACUCUGCCGUCUCGAGUUUAUCAAUUUGGAAAGGACUAUGCUCAAUUCUGGCUGUUUUUUUUUAACCCUAAAAUAAAACAUGGAAGGUCGGUUAGAGUUCACAUUUCUGUAAAAGACCAGGAAAUAAAUUGUUUUGCAACAUUGAUACUGAAAGAUCCCCAAAACAGCUUGAACCUCAUCGUGUAUCAUCGCAAUAAGACAUCUGGGCUCCCUUUUUGCCUGUAAGUGUAGUUUAUUGGGACAGCUAUGUCAGAAACAAGCUCUAUUACAUGUAACCCGAGCUGCACUCUCCAGAGUGUGGAUAAGGGUUUUCUUUUCCAAAAUGUCAAACUUCUAAAAUUUAGUAGUUGAGAACCUCCCUCCAGACACUUAUCCAACCAGGCUUAAGUUUUUCAGAUGUCUUAUUCCCAAAGAAAAGAGGGUUUUCGUGCAAUGUCCUCCUACCUGUGCCUGUUGCUGCCUGUCAUCUAACCUGGCUUAACUUGUGUUUCUUGCAGCUGCACUUUCAUUCAGCUCCACUGCUGGAGAGUUUUUUGAUAACUCCCUUUGACAUGUGCAUGCUUAUUUCUGGAAUCGCGUUAAUCCCACUCCUUCCGCACUCCCCCGCCCUCCUGCUCCCUCUGUGUCUUGGCGUAUCACUCUCUCACUGUGGUUGUUUGUAAUGAUGGUUUGGUGAAGGCCUGUCCCUGACUGACUGUCUGUGGGUGGGAGAAUCUGGAGCAUAUAAAGAAUGGGUGGAUAUGGGUGGACAAGAGAAAAAAGUUCAACAGGCCCAGCUAGAAAUGCUCGCAGAGACUGUGACCAUUUUUGAGAAAAUACAUGUGCAAGUUUUGUUACCUGUAAGCUCAGUUACUCUUUGUGCUCUUUGCAGAUGCAUUUACUUAGGUGUUAAGGCAUAUUACACAUUCACACACUCGCACUCCUCCAGCUUGCGUUAAUAUUAAAACAGAAAUCCUUUACUGAGUGUCAGCGGGGGCUCCAUCGCCUGGUAAAGUAGCCUACAUCUGGCGUCAAAGAGGCGUGACAUGAACAACUGUGCUACACUUAACGCUGAAGAGUGUCGGUGCAUGCAUGGCCACACAGAGAGGCAAAGUGUUGGACAAAGAGAAAGAGCUGGGAGAGGGUCACUUAGCUGAAGUGAAACACUUCAGUGGUGGAGGGGACAGCCAGGAACUAAUGCGGGCCACCUCUGCAAAACAGAAAAGAGCAUCUACACCCACACAAGUGCAAAAAGAAGUGGUUAAAGCUGCACAUUUAUAUGCACAAACACAAUAUUAUCCAUCUCUUCUUAUCCCUGUUCCGCAGUCCUGCUGUUUUCAUCCUUUUGUCCCCCCCUUUUGUUUCAGAGCUCUUCCCAAACAAAUAGAAGAUCCAGCAUCAAUAAUAGAGCAGAGAAUGUCCAUAUUCAACAUACAGAGAUGUCACUUUUUUGAUGAAUAAUACACACAAGCAGAGAGGAACAAGGGACAGGAUGGGAGUAAGGUAUGGAGUGGAGUGAGUAAAAGACCAGAGGAGAGCAGGACAUCGUGGGGACAGCGUGCAUUAACAGCACUCAGGUCCAGAUUGCAGACUCAGCACUUCUUCAAACUGUCAGGGACAAACUUUGAGUGUCUCCAGCCCAUAGAUGGACCAAUAACAGAGAUGCUUUCGUCUGAAAGUUAAAUAAAGGAGCUUUUAACAGCCAAGUGGACCUGGAAGCAACUGCCCCCCUCUCUUUUGUUCAACUUUGACGAGCACACACAUACAAAAUCCAGCUGUGUCGGAGCUAAUCCUGAGAAGGUGUGCGUAGCUCCCCACUCAACUCCAUCUUCGCUGAGGAUGUUGUGGUGAAUUAUUCAACAUGCUAAUGUCACGCAAUGAGACAUGCAUGAAGCUCUUUGAACCGCCCUCAAUGUAAUCCCCGUGUACCGGUUUAUCAGGGAGAGAAGGGAGGCAACGUGAGGACCUGUGCUCCCCUAGGGCUGCACGACAAGAAGUUAAAUAGUAGAGGCAUGUAUAAUUUAUAUUUUAGUUAUAAAUGAGUGUGCCCCGAUGUAGAGGGUUAAUUGAAGCCGGAAGAGACAUAGGAGGCAUUUGUGUGUUUGCGUGUUACGAUAUAAAUAGGUUUGGGCUUAAUUAGAACAGAGAUGUGUGUUUUUUAUGUCUGAUAUUGGCAUAAAUGAUCAAUUAAUAUGUUGGAAAAUUAUGUGUAAUGAUUCCAACAUUGUCCAACCAAUUCAUACAAGAAUAAAGCUUCUACAAAUGAAGUACAGGUACAAACCAUUAUUUUUCUUCUUGUGUUUGCAGAUUUUUAAGUGAUAUAACAGCAUGAUCAUUUUUUCUAAAGAGUCGACUGGUUUUAGGUAAAUUAUCAGGUGACAAUAACAAACAACAGAUUAGUGCUGCUGGUAACUGUUAUGUUAAUCAAUAAGCAAAAUGUAAGCUUUCUGUUUUCUUCCACACCUUUAAUGUUUAUUUGAGGUUAGUUAAUUGAUCCGGUCGAUCAAUUGGACUAAUUAAUGGCUUUUUGAAAGAAUCAGCAUUGGCGGAUGUCUGCAUUCAGCUGAUUAAGUAAAUAAACAAAUACUGUCUGCAGAGACUGCAGGGAGCUUCAUAUAUUUCUGUAUCAACCAUCCUGCUUUCUGAUUAUCUGCUUUGGCCAUUAAAAAAUGAUACAGGGUGACCACUAAUAUGUACACAUUUUUCAAGUGCACUACCCAUAGACUGUAUAUAGAAUGGACACCGUCUGCCUCCUCGCUGGGUGAAGCCACUCCGAGAACAGCACCCUCUGGUGACAGGCUGCAGUAUAGGUCAUAAAUCCUGCCUCCACCAGCAAAGCUUAUGGAGCUGCGGACAAACUAUAGAAACUUUUUACACUGAACAUAAUUUUUCUCCCCCCUGCUUGUGAUGUUGACAUUUAGUUAUUGUAAGACUGGUUUGUGCUCAAGUCCUCUUUUUUUCUGUGCAGCUCUGUUUUUUAAAGUUAUUAAGGGGGUUCAUGUUUUCUAUGAUUGACACCUGAUACAGCCUAUUGGCAGACAAGGAUUGUGUAGCUCCCCUGGGGGAUACGCUGUUUGAGCUGAGCGACUCUCAGCGACUCUCCCACCGAAUGCGCACAACGCUACUGCGCAAUGUUGGUUUCAGGAAAUGGAGAGAAAAAGGCGGAAUUACCAAGAGCUUUUCGGCUUGAAAUCCGUAUACUGGCAGAAGGCGGAACCAAGUCUUCCAUAGUGUAUACAGUCUAUGGCACUACCAGCUCAAAUGAAAGACAUGAUGGCUUCCCAAAAGCAAAACCAAAAUUCAGAGCUCCCCCUGGGCACUUGCUGCAGAACAAGAAAUAAUGAGGUCAUCUUCCUUUAUGUUAAUGGAGGACUCGUCAAACCCUGCUGUGCAAUGAGAUGUCACCUGUCAUCUGUACUUAUUUACAUCUUGAUAGUGGAGCAUUGAAGCAUCAUGGCAGCAGCCUGAGUUGGUGCUACAGUUCCAGCUCAUAACCUGAGGGUCUGUGCAGUCUGGACACAUUUUAUGACUAGCAUUUCCGGCCUACAGUGAUAAAGAUAUUUAUAAUUCUGGUGCAGAUAAGCAAGGGUGCCAACAUUUGUUAGGUUGACUAAACACACUCACCCCUGGUCAUAACAGCUAGCUGUUGAUCGAUGUCCACAUUUUCUUUUUUCUGAGAGGUUUAGUUUAUAUUUGUUUUAUCAUGCUAGAAAUAGUCCAUGAAGCCGCGUGCAUCGAAUAAGCAAAGUAGGAGGAGUACUGAGAGAGGAAUCCAUGAAAAACCAACACUGGAGUCAUUUAGCUUUGCAUAACCCAACUUCACCAGCUGAUCCCUAUUCAGCACAAACUCUACCACUCUACUCUUUUGUACUACAAGUGAAGGUGGAGUUGUGUCAUCCUUCCAUAUUGAUGUGGUUGUUGAGGAUUAGUUGGUAUCAAACUGUAUUGAAAUGUAGGUACUCGAAUCAAACUAGGGAGGAGUAAAUGCUAUUGGGAUAUCUCUACAGAGAAAGUUUAACAAGUUUAACAAUAAAAACUUAAAAUUGAACCUUCCUGAGGGUUUAUUGCAAGACAUUUGUCUUAGAUUGCACUAUUUCUACACCUGUUAAGCUGUCAUCUGAGUGUGUCCUCUGUUACACCAGCAAAUAAAGGUGUGUCUCCAGGGAAAAUUUGACAUUCUUUUAAACAGCUUUGGGCAUCCUAUUCUGGUGGAUUUAGUCCUCUUGCUGUGCCAGAUUUUUACCCUGAUGGUCUCUGAGAUUCCAGCCACCAGCAGGUCUAGACAAACUCCACAUUCUGAUCUCUGUGGCUGCCCAUAAUCCUUUGCUGCCACAGUCAUUUUAUAUAUAUUUUUUCUUGAUACAAUUCAUACCACUGUAAAUCCUGAAGGGCUUCCAUGGAGAAUAUGUGAGUUUUGUAAGAUCGACAUAGAGACAGUCUAAUUGGUGAAAAGAGAUAGACGGCGCGGACAAGGAAAAAGAGGGGAGGGAGUGAGGGGGUUGAAAAAAAAGAGGGAAACGAAGGAUUGGAGGACAGAUUUGCAGGGUCUCCAUCUGUGAGUAUAAUCCUUAAAAAAAAUCUGUUUACAGAGCAGCCGGAGGAUAGAGGUUAAACUCAAGUCACAAACCAUGAAACCAUGAAUGAUAUCAGUUCCUUAUUAUUUGUUCAAUUUGAGACAGACAGACAGAGAGAGGGAUUUGGUGUGUGUGUGCACAGGUCUGUACACCUGUGAAAUAAAAAAUGAGCCUGGUCACUGGUGAGACAGGGUAUCUUUUCAAAUCCCAUCCUCCCGUGUGUGUGUGUGUGUGUGCAGGUAACAUAUUCCUGUCAGUCUUUGUGUGGUUUUUCAGACAAAGAAAAAUCCUCCUUCACACCGGUGAGAUAUUGUGUGACUUGAAAUGAAAACAAAGGUAUAAAGAUCGUGUGACGAGUGAGAGAGGUUUUCUUCAUUUUUGCAAGCAAAGGCCAACGUUAGUGUGCGUGUGCCCGGAGCUCUGUCGGUGAUUGGUGCUAUGCUUGAUGAAAUCAGACAGUGCGUGUUUUUUCUUGUCACAGCUCCAUCUGUGCAGGCAUCCUAAACCUGAAGUUGUGUUUGUGUCACCUCUGUUUGUGCAGAAAACUUUGGCCUGUUUUCAAAACGAGUCUCUUCAACAGAAACGAACGCAGAAUGUGCCAGACUGAAGAAGGAACAGCAGCCGCCACCGUUUUGGAAUACUAAUGGGAAAUUCAAGGGCUUCAGUUUUUUGUGUGGGAAGCUGCCAUGUGUCAGCAUGUAGCACUCAGCAUUAAAGUCACCCUGUCUGUGUGUCUAUGCGUGUGUGUGCGUGUGUGUUUCUUUGCCAGCUUGCUUUUUAAAGCACUUAAACCUGAAAGCAAAUUAUGUGAAACAACACUCCAUCAUAAAAGUCAUACACUGUCCUAGUGCUUUUACUCUACAUCAUUGGGAAUGAGCAAAUGUGUUUGUUAAAAGCCGGAACAAAAGUAAAGCCAACUCUGGACACGUCAUGAAGAAGCUUCUCUUUGUGCCAAAAUGCAACACACAUCAGGUUACUAAGUUUCAACAACAUGUGACAGUGACUGUUGUGGCCUUUUAAAGUCUGAAACCGUGACCUUUAAUCACAGUGCCUCAUCAGGUCAAUCAGUUUGAUUUUUUUUUUACAAAACUAAAAAGUUGUGCCAAAACGCAUCAUGACUCAGAGUGGGUAAUUGGGUUUGACAGUUGCACACAGCUGGAGCUCUCGCUCAUUUUAUUGCAUGGGGGAGAAAAUCAAAGAGAAGUGUGGACAAAACCUGGACCUGUUCCACCGACAGUAAACCAGCUUCCAGCUACAUGUGGUGUUAAACACAGGGGUUAGAUAGUCAAAGCUCCUGCUUUACCAAGUUCGUCUCAACUUCUACGUUUGCUUCAGCUCUUUAUAGCGUCACAGGGCGAGUCUGGGAUUCAAGCCUCGAGAGAGUGUCUCAUGAUUAGAAAAUCUCUUCCACAGUCACUCCUUAUUUAACCACUCACUCCAUCAUGUUUAAGUUCUUUAGGCGGGAUCAAUAAUGUUUAACUGAAAGCAGCUCAUCUUAUUUGUCUAUUUACUCUAACCAUGUCUUUCUCUCUACUUCCCUCUCCAUCAGUGAUGCUGCUGGACACAACAGAGUCUACCUCAGAGCUGGGCUGGACCACCUAUCCAGACACAGGGGUGAGUCUCUGAACUCAAUGUGCUUUCAAGCUGUCAGAGCUUCACAGCUGCCUCAUUGGGAGGCCGAUCAAAUGUGCUGCACACAUGUUGUUACACAUGGUUGAAAGUAAAAGUUUACAAUCACCUCAUUGGUUUAGCUUUGCAGUGUAAUUAAUGAGGAGUCAAACACAAGAACAAGCGCAUUUUUUUUUACAGAAACUGGUGAUUAAGUUAUAAUAAGAGCUCUCAAAUGGGGCUGCAAUGAUAUCUUGUUUUUGGUGUCAAAUGCUCGUUAUUUGGUUGAUCAGUGAUGUCAGAAAUCUUCGAGAUAUGGUAAAUAUUGUCCUCGGUAACACUCAAAGUGGAUGGGAAUACUACACCACAUGAACAUCAUUUUUAAUUAGGUCCAUUUUGUAUACAUUCACACACUGCUGGCGUAGCCAUCUGGAGCAGUUUGGGGUUCGAUGCCUGGUCCAAGGAUGUUUGACAUGUAGUUUUGAGGUCUUGGAUCUAAUCCAACCUUCUGCUUGAGUGACGGCCAACACUAACAUUGAGCCACAGCUGUCUCAUGCGAUCAUAAAAUGCUCAUCACCCAUCUCUGGAGUCAAAGUUGAUGUGUUUACUGUUUUGCUAUUUGCCUGAUCAACAUUACCAAACAGGGUUUGUUCAAACUUUCAGAAAUUUAAGACGCCACAACCAUGAAAUGUUUGACAUUUUGUCAGUUGGCAGAGUUGUUGGGGUGUACAUGUGAUACUGUUAAUUUAAAGGUUCAGUGUGUAGAAUGUAACAGCAUUUAGUAGAGCAGGCUUGGUAGCAAUAGUUUUCAUAACUAUGUUGAGAUUAGAAUAUAAUCACCAGAAUAUCAAAUAGGGGUGUCCCCAUACAAAUUUUUUACUUCCGAUAUGAUACCGAUAUUGUAGCCUUCGGUAUUGGCCGAUACUGAUAUUGAGCCGAUAUUAGUACAACCUUGUGCAUGGCAAGUUUUUAACUCAGCUUCAACAUCUUUUUCUGUUUUAAACGAAAAAUACUGGCGCAUGACCGACAUCACUCCUACUCCUUGCUACUUUGUUUGGACCUUAGUACACACUGUUGUUGUGAUUACAUGGGCUCUGAAUACCGAAUACGGGCACUGCUAGAUAGAGGUGCUGGAGCUGUGUCUGAAAUGGACUGCUUGAAUCAGAGUGCUGAUAUCGGAAAUUUUAGAUGCAGGCUGAUAUAGUCCGAUAUUCGUUCUUUUCCUGAUAUCAAACCGAUAAGCCCCCUUAUAUCAAAACUGCUCUGUUUUGUUAACUUGGUUAAUCUGUGACAUCCUAUGGUCUUUUCUAUUUAAAUUGGAUUUUUAUAUAAGUAGGUGGCAGACCACCAGCUUAGUGAGUGUUGAUGCAUGCAAAAGAAUUUGUAUUGUUGUAUUGAGUAAAUGGUAAAAACAUGACAAACAGAGGAUCAUACUCAUGCAUAAUAACAGUGACGGUGUGAAACCAGACAGCAUCACAUUGUGAAAUUGUCUGAGACCAUUGAGAUGCCAUGGAAAUCUCAUACUGUUAUACCUUUAUGAUUAAACUCACAUUUUAGGUCAAGGGGGGGGAAUUUUGGUAUAGAUAUAGUAGGUUGAUGGUGAUAACCAUGUUGCUGUAGCGGGUUAAUCAUGGAUGACCCUCUAUGCUCUUAUUUUGGCACCAUGAUUGUGCUUUUACUCAUUAGAAUAAAGCACAUUAAGCCAUGUAGUUUCCACAGUUUCCACCUUGUCUGUGAAAAAAAUCGCAGUAUGCAGAGAGUUUCAGAUCUCAGGGUGAAGAUCAGACACAAGUUGCUAAUGCUCUUUUUUUAAAGGCCAGGGUUGUUAUUUUGCAGAAUGUCUGGUAUCUGGUAUUGAUCAGUGGAAUUUUUUUUUCUUUUUUUUUGCCAGAACAAGCAAAGUCUAACCUUACCUUUCAGACCACCUUGAAGGCUGAGAUGUUUUUGUCCUCCUGGUCUUUGGUGUGUCUUUAUCUAAGAGGAGAUCACACUGAUUGGACCACAACCCUCUUGUUCUUGAGCUGCUUUUAAUCGAAGGCUGCAAAUAUUUGUGUCAAUGUGUGUACAUGUGUGCGGGGUUACAUGUGUUAAUGCAUGUGUAUAUGUGCGUCUAUACUUGCGUGACUGUGCCAGGGUCAGGUCCUGGGUCAGUUAAAUUCAUUCAUCUGUGAGUGAUUGUGGCUCAGUUCUAAUAUGGCUCAUAAUUAAACACACACACACACACACACACACACACACACACACACACACACACACACACACACACACACACACACACACACACACACACACACACACCAUAGUGCUGUUCUGCCCUGCUUUGGAGCUCCAUCUUGCCUCUGUUAUAUCUCCGUUGCUCAAGACCCCCUUAACACAUAUAUAUAUUCACAGGUAAGAUAAGAAGAACUUUAUUCAUCCCUGAAGGGAAAUUCAAAUCCAAAUUCGAAUUUCAAAUUCACAGGAGUACUUCUAAACAACCUUGUCCUUGAGGUGAGUUCCCGCUAGUGAUGGGAAUUACAGCUCUUUUUAGUGAGCCGGAUCAUUCGGCUCAGCUCACCAACAAGAGCUGGCUCUUGCAGCUCCCAAACGGCUCUUUAUUUUUCCACUAAUACAUUUUCUAAAUCAGCCAAAUUUAACGUUGUUUGGCUUAUGAUAUGUACAUAUGUGUACACAUACCUCUUAAAUAAUCCAAUACAUCCUUUGUGCUGAAGUAUUUACAGGUAAAAAUUACAUUUUCUAAUAUCAGUAAAUUGCUGUAGCAUUUGCUUUCAUUGCAUUUAUAGACCCUUGUAUCUCUCUGAAACCACCCAAGACACAUUUAUGAGAAAAUCAAAUGUUCUUUGUUUUGUGUUGGUUUAGAUGAAAAGAAUCUUCAGUGAUUUUAUUUUGUAUAUUUUCCAUCCAUCCAUCCAUCUUCCACCGUUUAUCCGGGAUCGGGUCGCAGGGGCAGCAGCCUGAGCAUUGAAGCCCAGACUUCCCUCUCCCCAGCCACUUUGUCCGGCUCUUCCCGGGGGACCCCAAGGCGUUCCCAGGCCAGCUGAGAGAAGUAGUCUCUCCAGCGUGUCCUGGGUCUCCUACUGGUUGGACGUACCCUGAACGCCUCACCAGCAUGGCAUCUGGGGGGCAUCCUGAUUAGAUGCCCAAGCCACCUCAUCUGACUCCUCUCAAUGCGGAGAAGCAGCGGUUCUACGCCAAGCCCCUUCUGAAUGGCAGAGCUUCUCACCCUAUCUCUAAGGGAGAGCCCAGCCACCCUGCAGAGGAAACUCAUUUCGGCCGCUUGUACUCGCGAUCUUGUUCUUUCGGUCACUUCCCACAGUUUGUGACGAUAGGUAAGGGUAAGAAUAUAGAUUGAUGGGUAUAUCUAGAGCUUUGCCUUUUGGCUCGGCUCCCGCUUCACCAUGACAGAUCUGUGCAGCUUCUGCAUCACUGAUGAUGUGGCCCCCGAGAUACUUGAACUCCUCCCCUUGGGGCAGGAUCUCAUCUCUGACCAGGAGAAGGCACUCUCCAUGAACCAUGAACUCAGAUUUGGAGGUGCUGAUUCUCAUCCCAGCCGCUUCACACUCGGCUGCGAACCGAUCCAGUGAGAGCUGAAGGUCACAGCCCAAUGAAGCCAACAGGACCACAUCAUCUGCAAAAAGCAGUGAGAUCCUGAGGUCACUGAACCCGAUCCGCCUAGAAAUUCUGUCCAUGAAAGUUAUAAACAGAAAUGGUGACAAAGGGCAGCCUUGGGAGAGUCUAACCCUCACUGGAAAAAAGUCUGACUUACUAACAGCUAUGCAGACCAAGCUCUGGCACUGGUCCUACAGGGAUGAACAUCCCUUGUCUGGGUGUCCGGUACCCCAUACUCCCUGAGUACCCCCGACAGCACUCCCUGAGAGGUGACAUUCCACGUCUCUAGAACUAGCCUCUGCAGCCGAGGAUCGGACCGCCAAGGUCUCCGCCUUCGGCUGCUUCCAAACUCACAGUGCCCCCGACCCCUUUGGCCCCUCCAAUGGGGGAUGAACCCAUGGGAAGGGGGUCCCACAUUGCCUCUUCAGGCUGUGCUCGACCGGGCCUCAUGGGUGCAGGCCCAGCCACCAGGCGCUGGCUAUCGAGCCCUACCCCCGGGCCUGGCUCCAGGGGGGUGACCCAUGUCUGGGCGAGGGACACUUGGUGCCAAUUAUUUUGUCCAUCAUAAGGGGUCUGUUUGAGCUACGCUUUGUCUGGUCCCUCCCCCAGUUUCAAAGUCCUUUAUCCUUCUUUAUGUCCUCACUCUGUAUAGUCCGACUGUCAGGCACAACCUGGGUUCUCAACCUGUAUGUGUGAAAUAGGGACAGAGCUUUUACAACUGUCAGUAGUGUGUCCUUUAAAAAACUCCUUCACACUGAAGUGUAAGUCAAAUAAAAGGAUAAUCACAGCUUUUCAUGGCUGCACUUGACAUGUGAGUGUGUGCAGUCAGGCAACCAAAAUUUCUGACAUGCUAGAAAUUCAUCCGUCCGGUUGGAAACAGAUGAUAAAGGUGUCAUGAUCCACUGCACUACACACUGCACAGCAAACAAUGUGCCAUCAGGUUCAAAUGCAACUUAAAAAUCAGAUCAGAAUCUGCCCCAAUUUGCACUGCCUCUGCCCGUAUCAGCCCUUCGCUGACUGACCAGUUAAGUUGCAAAAACUAUGCAGACUCUUUAAACUUUGGGGUGUAAGUCUGCAUAUAGUGAUCAUGUACACAAAAAAAUACCUGUUUUUUAGAUUUUUCUGCAGUUUAUUGCCAAUCGAAUACACAAGGAAACACCCAUUACAAAAACACACAAACCAGUGGCGCAGAUACACAUCCCUAUGAACCACCGUUCUCCUGAAUUGUGUAAAAGAAGACAAUAAAAAUUGGCUGAGAAAAGGUGUAUGCUGCAACACGUGUUGCGAGACACACUCUGGGCCUGGCAGAGCUCUGAUAAAACUGAUGGGAUUGUUUUGUGAGGCAGAAAAAGUGUUGUUGUCAUGCACUCUCAUAUUGAUAACCCAGUGGUUUGAUAUUGGUGUUCUAGUCUGUCAUUAUUUUGCAGGAGCACUGAAGGAAAACCCUGAGUGAAAGCAUCAUAUGCACACGCACGCACACACGCACGCACGCACACACACAGUCUUCAUUGACAUCGUCAUUGAAAUAAUCAGUCAAACUAUGUGAGAAACUGUGGGUCACCAUUCAUACAUGUUACUGUGGGGAAAUUCCUCUGCUCAUUUCGCUACAGAAUAAUAUUAUUCUAAGACUACAUCCAUACAUGGCCAAUAUAAGCAAGUGCUCUGAGAUAUACAUUUAGAGCACCAAACAGAGCAUAAAAUGACCACAAAUCACAGUUGGAUUAAUGCUUCUUUAAAUAUGAUGGGUUUUUUUCUAGAGGAGGAAAACAGAAUUUUUCAGGCAGCUUCAUAAUAUUACUCUGAGAAAGUUAUCCAACAGUCCAAGUUACUUUUCCCUUAACCAACUCAGUCCAUUAAAGACCACUUGUCUCCAAACUGGUCAUCAAGUUGGGUAAUGUAGUAUUUGAAGAAUAAUGCCUCCUCCUCCUCUUCAGGGCAGAGUAUUUCAAUCCUCUUAAAUCACCAGAAAAUGGACCAAACACAGAGAGUUUCAUUUCUCACAGAGCUUAAUAUGAGAAUAUUGUAUAUAUUGAGUUUUAAGAUCUAAUCCCUUUCUGUAUCAAAAAAGCCACCCGACUUUAUAAUUCCCAUAACCUGUAAUUUCACCAGAUGAUUGACCCAACCUCCAUUCAGCAAACAAGCAUUUUAAAAAUAGUUUUCUUUUUCUCUUGAGGACAGAUCUGGGAAAGCUUGCAAUUUAACUUUUCACUAAUCUUAGUUAUGAAGGCAAACCUAGAAACCCAUCAACUGCCAGUAAAUCACAAGAAAUGGAUUUCUUUUUAGACUGAGUUUGCUUAAGAAAGCAAGUAAGUAAAUGAAAAAAAGGAAGUCUUACCUGAAAGCGAUUUGUCCCAAACAAGCCUAUUUCCAGCAUCAUUUGAUACAGGCAGAUGCAGAUUAACGUUGUCAGGCGAUAGCUGUUAGAAUCUGAGACUGAUUUAUUAAACAGCUGUUGUGUCAGAACCAAUAAGCUGUUGUCUGCAUACAGCGAAACCUAAGGGAGCAACAAGCAGCUUCUCUGGGCCUUAUGUGUAACCAGCAAUUGGAGAUAAAGGAUAUCUUGGCAGGACAUCUUCCUGCCAUUGGUUGUAGUCCAACUCGAGAGGUCAGUGGAGUUGAAAUUGAGAUACUUCGCUAAAGAGCAGGUUGUGAAAUGUGCUUUCAUGUAGAUAUCUUUUUGAAGAGAUUAACGAAAGCUAAAUCAUCACCAGAUGGGAUGCGGGAUUGCAAUUAUUUCUCCACAUGGACAGUUUUCCUGUGUGCAGCCAAUCCUAGCGGACAUGCGAGUCAAUGAUACUUCUCAAACAACAAGCAGAAACCAGAAUCCUUAUAACACCAAAUUUUUGUGGCUCACAGACUCUGCAUUCGUCAGCCUUUGGUGGAGAGUAAUGUCCUGAUAAAAGCUUUUUAAGAGACAGCAGAAAUCUGGGAAAUAUUAAAGGGGGAAAAAGACACGCAGCAGAUGGUCAUGACCAUAGACUGUGUAGAAUGGACAGCAUCGUCCUUGCUGGGUGAAGCCAAACCGAGAACAGCACCCUCUGGUGACGGGCUGCAGUAUAGGUCAUAAAUCCCGCCUCCACCAGCAAAGCUUAUGGGACUGUGGACAAACUGAAUUUAUUUCCAGAAUAUAAAUUUUUCUCCCCCCUGCUUACGAUGUUGACAUGUAGUUACUGUAACACUGGUUUGUGCUCAAGUCCUCUUUUUUCUGUACAGCUCCAUUUUUAAAAGUUAUUAGGGGGUUUAUGUUUGCUAUGAUUGACACUUGAUACAGCCUAUGGGCUUACAAGGAUUGUGUAGCUCACCCGGGGGAUACACUGUCAGAGCCGAGUGUCAUCACAGCGACUCUUAGCGACUCUCCUGCUGAGCGCGCACAAUGCUACUGCGCAGUGGUGGAAUCCGUACAACGCUGCUAUGCAAUGUUGGUUUCAGGAAAUAGAGAAAAAGGGGAGAAUUACCAAGAGCUUUUUGGCUUCAAAUCCAUAUACUGGUGGAAGGCGGAACCAAGUUGUCCAUAGUAUAUACAGUCUAUGGUCAUGACCAAGAGAGUAACCACUGCAACAGAACUUAAAGUCUGUACAUAGGGUUUGACUACAACUAAUUUUGAUCAUUUAACUGUUCUGCUUUUGACAGUACAGUCUUUUUUUUGGCUUUCCAAGUUAAUUUAAAAUUUUCCUCCACCACUUGUUUCAGUUAAAUAAGUGUGCCCAUAAUUAUAACCAGUUAUCACCAGAGUUACAGAAGCAGCUAAACUGAAAUUCUGCCCAGAAAAACUGAAACAGUUCCCCACCGACAUCUGGCGAACAUACUCUCUCACGUGGAGCCCCUUUAUCCCACUUUAUUGUUAACUUCAGCUUUAUGUGCUGUCAUUACUACCACAGCUGGCUGCCAGUGUGGGCCCAUAAUCAAACAUGAUGUCUGAUUAAUCCAGGCUCAUGUGUGUUAGGGAAUAUGAGAACCAUAAUGGCUGCCACUAAGAGGCCAUCCUUUUGUGUCAGUUGUUGCUGUGUGUGAAUUUGUGAGUCAAUGUGUGUGCUAAAGCAAGUCAAGCAUUUGCAUGAUUUUUUUCCUCUUUAUAUUAUGGUCCCUGGAUGAGAAGUGCUUCUGAGAUGGAGAUAUGGUUAUUUGACCCGGGGCAACAAGCUGAGAGAAGUAGAAAGACAGACCAUGAGAGGGGGAGAAAAAAGGGAGUGUGUGUGUGAGUGUGUGUGUGUGUGUGUGUGUGUGUGUGUGUGUGUGUGUGUGUGUGUGUGUGUGUGUGUGUGUGUUGUCUUUUUUUAACCCUUUCCUCACUUUCCAUCUUUUUUUUUUUUUUUUUGCUCGAGGCUCGAUACUCUUUUCCGCACUCUCUUCCUGCUUCUUCAUGCUCUCUCAUCGUCUCUCCUCUCUCUUUAAUGUACUGACGAGAAGCCCCUCUGCUUCUUUGUCUCCGCCUCCCUCUCUCCCUCGUUUAAUCUUUCUUUCCUUUGCCCUUCACAGACCCAGAGCCACCGGGUCUCUGCUUCAUAUUCUCUCUUUUAUCCCCCAACUCUGUCUCCCCUCUGCCCCGUCUAUUUCCCUUCAGUGUCAAACUAGCAGACUUCUUACUGUAGUCUGCAGCUUUUUUUUUUCUUCCCCUUGUUCCCUUUUGCUAUUCUUCCAUUGUGUGUUUGCUUUUCGUGUGUGUGCAUGUGUGCACAUGCAUAUGUCUUAGGGUGUCUGAGUGUGCCUUUCUCAGCCUCUCUGAGGCCCUUCCCCUCCCUGCCCUCUGUCACUGGAGAGAUUGCUCUCUGGCUCUCUGGCAUUUCAGUUCAAAUUAAAUCACAAAGAUGAGUCGUCCCUAUUUUUCUGUUUUUCUUUCUUUCUCUUUUUCCGACGCUUCUUCCCCCUCCUCGCUCCAGUCAGCCCUGUUUUGUCAGCCUCUCUUCUUACAGGAGGAGAGGGUGUGGGUUUUUUUGUCUUGGUUGUUUGGUUUGGGGUCAUAAACAAAUAACGCUUAUUUUGUUCACAAAUACACAGAAGCAAACUGCAUGCAAAGCCACAAACAGAUACCAGCGGCUACAAAAGUCCACAGCAUCCCUCAGUCCUCUCACACUCAAAAAUACAGACACACACUCCCGGCUUACUAUUUACCCACUUUUCCUGUCCAUCAGCAUCCUUCCAUCCAACCAUGUGCUCCCCGUUGUCUCCUCAACCUCCUCCCCUGGUUCUCACGUCUGACAGAGAGUGAAUCACAGCCUGCAGGGAGAGAAAAACUGUCCUCUCACUCCAUUAGACUGACAGCAGCUCAGACCCUUUUCAUCUACAUACUGAUCUUAUCAUUAUUCCAACUGGACCAAAUAUGAAUGUACCCUCUCAUGUGUGAUGCUAUAGAGAUUUUUCCUCCUCAUUCUAGCUGUCAGAAACACACAGAGGAAGAGACACGGGCAUGCAGAGACUGAACACAAACACAGAAACACACACUUACACAUGCUAUAAGCACCCUGAUAGGGUGUCGGGACCUUUUGUCCUCUCACCAUUGUUGCAUGAGGAAUAAUGAUGAUGAGGCCGAAUACAUAAUUCCUCUGUGUUACAACAGAAAAAGCCUUGCUUGUCACUCAGGGCGACACAGGCUUAAAGCCGAGCCUUUUCAUCCUCGGAGGCUCCGUACUGUAUAAUUGGUGAAACUAAACCCGGGGCUACAUUUACAUUUCGACUCACGUGACAGUCUUAUUCACGGCCCUGUCUCUGCUGCUAGAUAGUCUCCCUCCAUGAAAGUACAGCUCACUUUCAAACCCAUUCCAGCACUUUUUGUAAUGAUUCCUAAAUUAUGAAUACAUCUGCUUGUUUUAUUAUGCAGCAGCUCUUUCAGGUCAGCGAGUGUUCACUGCUGUCAUAUGUGAACGAUGAUUCACUGCGAAUGCUAAAACAGCUGCAUUAAAGACCAACCGAAUGGCAUUUAUGAAAAUACAGAGUUGUUAUCAUACAAACAUUACAGAGUUGAAUGCCAGCACCGUCUGUUUUGCUGUGAGGCCUGCCUUGUUACUUUUGUUGAGGUGAGAGUUUGGAAUAUUUUUCUCGGAUACGUGCAUGUUCACACAAAAAUGACACAAUGAAAGAAAUCACAGUGAAAAAAAAAUCUUUUUCAAAGUGCCCUUGUUGCUCUUGCAGAUCCGUAAAAUGUGUGUGGGAGAGAUUUUUUUUUUCUUGGACACAUUGUGCCGAAAAAACAUUUCCUCUUUUCACCGUCUAUGUUGUGUUUUGUAUCUCAUCUGGUGUAACUGGGACACAUUCUCCAAAAGCAGACAAGCAGACACGUUUUUUCGAAAAGCCAAUGUCACCUAGCUAUGUCUCGGUUAGUUUCCUUUGCAAGUCAAAAAGCUAACUGAAAAAGUGAUCAUGACACUGAAAGACACCAGCAUAUUACCAAUGUGUGCAUGAAGACCUGCUGGAGUUAGCAUUUCGCUCCAAGCACAACCUUACAGAGCUGCCAGCACGGAUAUCGACCCUGACACCGUAAACAGGAUUCCAUUGACCCUCAUCCACUUAAAAAGAUCUGAAUGGCUGAAUGCCAGAAGAAGUGAGAGAUGAUUUCCUUGACAGAAAUGAUCCCUGAAUCAUAAUAUCUCUGUCUGCGAUAUUUGAUAUGUGUUUCUCUCCAAGUGCUUUAAUUAACUAUGGGUCUAAUCAUUGACUACCUAAUUAAACAGUGGAAAGUCUAUUGUGGAUAACAAGGACGCAGAGACGACCUACAUUACUGGGGUCAGUGGAGAGAUGCUUUCACUCUUGAAUGCAAUACUUGCGCGCUUGCAUGUGUGUGGGUGUGUGUGUGUUAUAUCAGACAAGAAGUAUUUUGUUACACCAAUCUAGUUAAUAAGGAUUGUGUCAAACAACUGUUAUUUAUUAGUGUUUAUGCACAGGAAUCACCCAUACUGACAAAAAGCUUCAUAUUUGCUAAAGAGGUUAACGUCUCUUCUACAGGGUAAUGUUAACACAAAGUCAUUGUGUUGUUUCUGUGUUUCUUAGUGGGAUGAAGUCAGUGUCCUGGACGACCGGGGGAAGCUCAUACGAACCUUCGAGGUCUGCAAUGUCAACCAAAAUCCCCGUCUUCAGGACAACUGGCUGGCAACACCCUUCCUUUACCGUCACUCUGCUCCACGGGUGUUUGUCACAUUGCGUUUCUCAGUCCGUGACUGCGCCAGCCUGCGAACACCAUCGCCCUCAUGCCGAGAGACUCUUACCCUGUACUACAAACAGGCCGACUCCCAGAGGGAGCUGCAGAGGACCUGGGUAGCUGAGGUGAGGCACAAAACUAAACUAGCUAACUCAAAAGAAAAACGACACCGGCUCUUUCAGUGACAAAGGAAUGAAGUACGAAGUAAAGCUGAAGGCGAGACUUCUGCUGCUAUUUUCUGCAUCUGUUAAGAUGCAGAAAAAAUAUUGCACUCCUUCCUCCACUCCUAUUAUAGUCUCAACAUUAACAGAAGUGUUUAGACUUCACCAUGAACAGGAAUGUUACGUUUGGUCUUAGUUCAACUCUUAUGUAGGCUUACAGGAAUACAGUUAAAUGCUACCAACCAUCAAAACUGAGGUGCUCUGUUUCCAGCUGUGUAAAUAAUUCCUUUUCAAAUCAAUUAAAUCAUCUAUAGUCUUUUGAUUUAUGCUAGCAUUAGAUCCACGGUUACUGAAGAUAUCUCUCAGGUUUUAACCCCACUGUGCUCAUUGACCCUAAAUAAGUGAACAAACACGUGAAUUGUAAAUUUAAAUCCUUCUGCAAAUAAGACACUUUGAUUAGAGCGCACGUGAUUACAACUGAAUUUAACAAGGAUUGAUGUCAUUUUCAUUAUUCUGCUUCUUCAUCAGUGCUUGAGGCAGACAACCUUCAGACAAAAUCAUUAGACACAGAAAAUUGAAUUUCCAUUGAUGUUUCACUCACGUUAGGGCAAAACAAAAGCCUCUCAUCAUCUAAGGACAAGAAAUAAUUACAUAAUCAUUAAGAUUACUGUUGUGUUUGCUCAAAGAAACACUGGAGAUUAAAGCCUUGUUCGUUCAUACUGGUGUGAAGCACAUAAAUGUUAGCAAAAACUGUCUUCUGUUUUCAAUAAAUUCAGCCACUAAUGACAGAUCUAUGACAGGAAAUAACUAACAGUUCUCAUUUUACACUCUAACACUCAUCUGUUUUCAAGGAGGCUGUUAACAUGUUAAAGACACUGAGACAGAGUGUCCACAGAUGUUUCAAUUAUUAAUGCAUUUUAGUUUGAUUUUAUUCUUUUUCUGGGACAUUAGGAGUUGCUGAGGAUGAGCUACAUGUGCAGUCGCUGCCACGGAGAGAGGGAGGGAGGGAGGGAGGAGUGCGGUAUUUGUAUAGAUGAACACUCUUCUCCUUAGGGAUGUAAGAUGCUGUUUAAAAAUGCAAAUCAAACCCUGAUGAGGAAUCAGAGGAGAAUCACAGGAGAGCGGGAAGCACUGCAGCGCUGAGAGACUUCGCAGGGACUUGAGCAUGAUCCCCCGCUGGGUCCUGCAUAUAUCACAGUCAACAUUUGCUUCUAUCACGAAACUAUAAUAUACAUGCACUGAGGAAAACUGGAGAAAAAUAAGACCUUGUCUUUCAUCUGUUCCUUUUUCGGGCUAAUUCCACUUUUUUCUCAUUACUCUGUACUUUUCUGUCCGUUUCCUUUUUUCUCCCGGCUUGUUUUAACAUCCAUCCCCUUCUUGGUGUUUGCUUUUGCUCUCCAUGCAAUAUUUUUUCUCUCCUGGUUACUCAUUAUGUCUACUUUCAAUGUCCUCCUGCAGCCGUCCUCUGGAGAGAAGGAGACCAGGGAAGGCUGGGUAAAGGUUGACACCAUCGCAGCUGAUAAGAGUUUUUCCAAAGUAGAGCCCAGUUCACCUCACCAGUAUCAACCCAACAGAUACAGCCGGAUCAACAUCAAGACACGCAGCUUUGCCCCGCUCACACGGAAGGGGUAAUCAUGACCAGACUGUGUUUAUUGACAUUAUUCAAAGGUCAUCAUAAGUCUUGAGUUGUCUUUGUGUUAACUCAUCUCCUUUGUUUCAGAUUUGUUUUGGCCAUUGUUGACAGCGGAGCUUGCGUAUCUCUCAUGGGUGUCUCCAUCUUCUACCGCCGCUGUCCAGCUACCAGCCUCUACUUGGCGUCCUACCCACCAACUCCUUCGGGGGCUGAGCCAACCGCCUUAGUGCCUGUGAGUGGGACGUGUGUCCCCAACAGUAAAGCACAGGCCGGCCCGCCCCCUCGUAUGCACUGUAACGCUGAAGGGGAGUGGAUGGUUCCUGUGGGAGGAUGUGUCUGUGAUGAAGGGUACGAGCAAAACCUCAACGGCUCCGCCUGUCUGGGUAAGUCUGAGGACAUGUGAUCACCUGAUCCCUGCAGAGGUGGAUAAUCUUUUCAUCAUGUCGAUUUAAUUUGUCAUGUGUGCAAAGUGCUCCAGCAAUUUGGUAAUGCACAUCCAUAAAUUUGUGUGAUGUGUGAGAGACAUAUUAAAAAGAAUGGCAGCCUUCAAAAACAUUGGCUCCUACACUUCCAUUAAUGAAAGUACAUACAUUUUCUUUUCAUUGGACGCUCUCUGUGAGGCCUCGUGUCUGUAAUGCUUAGUCAUGCAGUAGCGCAGGUUUUCUAUCAAAAGGUUAUUGUCUGCAAGCUCAAGCUGAGAUUCCCCGUUUAUCUUGAAUAGUAAUCUUACAAAAGUUAGGAACUAUGACUUGAUGGCAUUCACAGGAUGGACAGGGCAAAUCACAGAAAACUUCAGUUAUGACCACAAGUAGUAUCUUUUGAUGCAAUCUGAACAUUUGGUACAAACUGAUGUUAAAGCUGUGAUUUUUGGUGUUUCUUUAAAAACAGUUUUAUUGUUAUUCACCGGUGUCUAAAAAUCUUUUGAACUUGAAGAUACCGUGAGAAAAUCUCAUAGACUGUAUGUAGAAUGGACAGAGUCUGCCUCCUCGCUGGGUGAAACCAAACUGAGAACAGCACCCUCUGGUGACGAGCCGCAGUAUAGGUCAUAAAUCCCACCUCCGCCAGCAAAGCUUAUGGGGCUGUGAACAAACUUUAGAAAUUUAUUACACAGAAUUUAAAUUUUUCUCCCCCUGCUUGCGAUGUUGACAUGUAGUUACUGUAAGACUGGUUUGUGCUCAAGUCCUCUUUUUUCUGUACAGCUCCAUUUUUAAAAGUUAUAAGGGGGUUCAUGUCUUGUAUGAUUGACACUUGAUACAGCCUGUGGACGUAUGAAGAUUGCGGAGCUCACCCAGCCGGGUGUCAUCACAGCGACUCUCGGCGACUCACCUGCCGAAUGCGUACAAUGCUACUGUGCAAGUGGUGAUCAUAAAACGCUACUGCGCAGUUUUGGUUGCAGGAAAUGGAGAAAAAUCGCAGGUAUACCAAGAGUUUUUCGGCUUCAAAUCCGUAUACUGGCAGAAGGUGGAACCAAGUUGUCCAUAGUAUAUACAGUCUAUGGGAAACCUUUUAAUGUGUUGAUUUUGCGCCUGCUGUGCUCUGUCUCCACAUGCAAACCGCAACCAGAAAGCCACUCGUAACCUGAAAUAAUGCUCAGAACAGCAUCUAACUUCUCCAACAGUACAUAUAGAGGACCAGCACAUAGUACUAGCCAUCACACAUCUUUUUAGCUUUGCCUGGUUUCUUUGGCAAAGACACUGAACACAACUUACCCAUUUUCCUCCAGCAGCCGCUUGUUUGUGGGGAAGCCCCGACGAGUCGAUCACCAAAGAAAAUUUAUGAUUAUUACUUCAUGGGAAACAUCGACCACAGUGUGUUGCUGUCGUGUGGUUUUUGCUGAAGUUGGUGUAGCUAGAGAGGCAAGCGGUCGGCAAAAUUCAUCUCUCAAGGGGGGGUCUAACAUGGUGUUAUGGUGUGUUUGACCAUGGUUUAAACUUACGCUGGAAUAUCCCUUUCAGUGCAGAGGAGGAGCAAAAUAUCCUGCCUUGAAAUGGCAGUUUGUAAGAGCCUUUUUGUUGAUGCUCUGAAUUUAAACCAUCCCAAAAAAGACUAGAAUAUUAUCAGUCAACUUUUUCAGGCCUUUCUAGUCUUCCUCUCAGUUUGUUUCUUUCUGAAUUUCUUGACAUGAAAAGAAUCUGGAUCAAUACUGAGAGAAGGUGCUCUUGGUCUGAUGCACAACUGCGUUUGAUGAAUAGUUGAGAGGAGUGAGUGCGGGCAGGUCAGGUUAGGAUAGGAUGAGAUAAACAUGGGACAGUCAGUACUGUAUCAAAGAAGUGGAUUUGUGGAUAUGUAGUGAUGCAACAUAUUGUCAGUCAUGGAUAGAGUUUUACAGACGUGCAUGCAGGGAUGCAGAGCUGCUGAGGGGAGAUUAGAGGAGGGGAGCGGGGUCAACAUUUGCAUAAAACCGGUCAAAAGCACUUCCCCCCUCUCAAAGUGAGUGUAAAUGGGGGGAGAAAAAAAAGGAGCCAAAAAUUUGAUAGAUUCCCAGACAGACAGGAAGAGAUAUGGAGUGAGAGAAGAGGAGGAAAGAGGGAGAGAGGAGGAGAGAGGGAGAGAGUCGUAGUGGGAGGGAUGUGACACAUUUAGGUCAUGGCGAUGUAAUGGCCACUCGUCUGUGAACAAGUGACAGGAACCGCAGGGGGAGAGUGGCGGAGUGGAGGGAAAACAGGGAGAGGUGGAGGGAGAGAGAAGGAGAGGAGGAUGCCAGUUAAUGACUUAAAGUACUGAGCAGGCAAAAAAUCAGAGUGUGUGAAGAGGAAAAGAGUGGAUUGAAGUGUGUUACUCUCUGCGUGGGUAUGUGUGAGUAUCUUGUCCUGAGGAUGAUGUUUGCAUGUAUAUGGUCCUUAAAAGCAGGAUUCUAGCUGAAAAACUGAGUCGAACAUUUUAGUGGCCAUAAUUGCUCCACUCCCUCACAUGGGGGCCCUCAAAGUCCAACUAACUCCGACUCAAUUAAUCUACUGACUCUGCCAAGUCAUCUGUGAAAUAUGUUCAUGCUCUUUUGCUUACAUCUGCACCGGGCCCACCGCUUGUGUUUGUCUGCGUUUGAUUGAUAUUUACUGACAAAUCACCCCUUGAAACUGCUCAGAGGCUUCCACACACUCUCUACGAACACAGAGCUGCCCACGCCGCUCCGGCUUUUUGUUCCAGCUCUCAUAUGAUUGUGUUUUUUUGUUGAUCACUUCACUGACUAAUGAUGUGCACUGGCAUCAUCACAAUUGUUGUCCUCACCGGCUCCCUGGGAAUGUGGAGAAAAGAGGCAGAUGGUUAACUGGCAGUGCAGUCGUCUGGGAUUAUUAACAGUAGCCCAUCCUCGUUUCUCUCCAGAAAGUGGAGCACCAAGCUUUUCCAAACUAUCAGAAGGUGAACAUUUUGUUCUUAUUUGAAUUAUGUAGAAGUGCAUUUAUAAAUAACACAUAGGGAGAAAAUGAUAGGCUGCACUGAAAUGAACUUAGGCGUCAUUUAAGCUGUAAUUAAAACACGGCACUCUGCAAAAUCCUGCACUUGAAUGCAACUAAAAAAAAAGAAAGAAAAUCCAAAUGUUAACUAACUUUUCUACCUAAAGCAAGUCACUUCAGCCCAUCUGCAUUAAAUCAAGCAUAUAUCUUAUGAUGCUAUCCAAGCCUCCAAGGUUUUUUGAAAGAAUAACUCUACUUUCCUCUUUUCUUUUUAGUCUAUUUGCUGUUUAAGUGAGCGACUGCAGUGUAAACAAAUGUUGUUUAAUAUCCAUGUGAGAAUACCACAGCCAUCACAGCCUUCCCCCCUCAAGCAAGACAUCAUUUUCAAAGACAAAUAGGGGACUCCCUCCUCCUCCUUCUCCCAAGUGAAAAUGAGUUUCAGCACUAAAUGAUUGCCCUUAACUACACCCGGCUCUAAUAGCUUUCUAUUUUAAGAAUUAAGGGUCCAUGAGACCUCCAUAAUGUCUUUCAUUAGUUGUGCUAGUGGAUUAUCAUGACAAUAUCUUUAGAUUUAACAGUAAGAAGGGCAGGAGUGAAGUAUCUGGCGUUUCUUUUUACACUAUCUUCAUUUGUUGUUGAAGUGUGACGCAGGCGUCCAAAAUGACCUACUUUUACUGGUGCCGUCUGUGUGGUUGGCAUCAGAUGAUUGAAUUUAGGUUUAUAAGUCUGUUGGCCAGUGAUUUGGUGUAGAAAUGUCUGGCAAAGUGUUUAGUGGAGCGCAGCGACAUUUUACUCAGAUAUCUGUUGUUUCUUUUGGAUAAAUUCUAUCUAUUUGGUGACCUUAUCAUUUAAAAUAAUAUUUUUCAAUUUCUCAACAACUGUUGAAUGGAUUUACAGGAAGUUUGGUACAUACAUUCAUAAAUAUUAUAGGUGGAUCCAAACUUCUUUAAUAAUGACUUUCUUUCCAUCAAAUACUAUCAUCACAUCAUGUCUUAACUUGAAGGCUGUGCUUGUUGCUCAGGGACCGUUUGACAGGAUCUGCCAUCAGGAGGAUUCAGGGAUUAAACCACUUACUGUAGUUGUUACUGUUUUAGUAUUUUUGUCAGCUAUAGUUAUAGUUAUAAGUUAUUUAUAACACGGAUGUUCUGUUUCUUGGCUCAGUACCAUAGCAUCUUGAUGGCACAGAGUUACUAUUGUUUGGGAUGAGGCAUUGUUGAAGACCGAUGAAUGGAAUAGAAAUGUCAUAGAGUCUGACAGUGAUGAGUCAGAAAAACUCAAAUCAGAUUCUGCACUGAGUCAUGCAGUCUUCAUUUCAUUUUGUUUGACUUCCAUUAAUAGAAACACCACCAUCAAUAUCUGAGUGAUAAACGUUCCUGUGGACACAACUCAAACUGUGUGUGCUUUGGACUAUUUUCAACGAUAAUGGAUGGAAGAUUUUUUUCAACGAUGGAGAGCCAAAUCUAAAUUAUUGGAAAAGGACUGAAAAAUAUAACAGAUUUGAGUAAAUAACACAUUCAUAGGCUUUAAAGUAUGUUUUAAAUAUACGGUAAAUGUACACACACUGGACAGUCAAAAUAUGCCAUCAUUUUUAAGUGAAAAUGAAUCUCCAAAAUGAGAACAAUGCCUGACAGUGAGAAGUCUGUAAACUCUCACGACUGUUAAUGUACUGCAAGUGUGACGUCUCAUUAUUCUAAUAAACUCAGACUCACCAAAACAACACCCCACCAUUUGGACCGAUGAUAAAUUAAUUAGCUGAGUGAAACAUCAAACACUUAGACAAACACAGGCUGCAUUUUGGCAGACAGACAUUAGAAGACCAAACCUCAAUUAUUUACAAAGCUGUUUAAUUACGAGCAAGUCUCAAAGAACAUUGAGUGUCAGCAUGAUCGCUGACAUUCAGGCUCAGUGUGGGACUUGUCUUCAGUCAUUUAAAAAAGUGAUAAGGACAGGGGCGGAUGACAAACAGCAGCUGUCUGCUGUUGUGUUAUUAUUUUAGCCAAACAGCGGGGUGUUUUUUUCCUUGACAUUUGCCUCCCAUGAGGGAGGCAGAAAAAGCAGAGGGCACAGGAAACAUGACUUAGCAUGAGACACAAUUACACCUGUUCAGUCAAACAUUAAACGCUUGUUUAGUUUUUAGGCUCUCUUUAGGCGAACUGGCUCAUUUGAUUCCUCCCUAACGCUAAGCCACAGCCACUGUCGAGGAUUUGGGACAAGAGAUUAGCACUGAAUGCUCAAAUGGGCUGUAAUUUAAUUUGAAGCCAUGUGUGUGUUUUUGUGAGUGAAAUAUUUAACUUGUCAGAUCGUCAUGAUUUGUCACCCAGAGCUCUCAAACCAAGAGCAACCAAAACCACGAAGAAUCCUGAGGCUUGUCAUGGAGGGGAAAUAAGAACAUUUGCCCAAAGGAGUAAAAGUGAAAGUGUGAUAUUAUUCUGAGUGUGAUGGGUGACUGUGCUCUGGUCUCAGAAUGAAACACUUUUCACCGAAAAGCCUGAAUAUCUGCCUCAGAGCAGGCAGCAGGAUAGGGUUUGUUUCUUUUUUUGCUUUCAGAUAAAAGCGUUAAAAUCGUGCUUUUAUCAUCCUAACUGUUUCCCAUAUUGAUAUGUCAGAUGGUAUUGGCAGUGUUGACAUUCAGUUGCUCUUCCAGACUAUUAAUAAAGGUCAAGCUUUAAGCACAACACAGAGAAGUGAAAUAAUCAAUGGGAUGCAGUAUUGACUUGUUGACUGCUCUGAUGUCGUUGUUUGGGAGGAGCUAGGCAGUGAGGAUAAAUGAACCUGAUCACACCCAGCUACAUCAUGUGACUUGUCUGCGUCAAAUCUAUUGAGUUCUUUGGAUAAUCCGAGCAAGUUGUGUUUUCAAAAGCCCCUUUAAAGUGUUAUGACGCAUUUAAGGACUUUAUAAAGGGUGGUAUAAGGGGUGUUAUAUUGUCUUUAUACAGGGUGUUGUGAAGGUUAAGAAGGGUUUAUAAAAGGUGUAAUCAAGGGUGUUAUGUAGGCUUUUUUAAGGUGUUAUGAAGAGUGUGAUAAAGAGUGUAAUAAAGGGUGUUAUUAAAGGUGUUCAAAAGAGGGGAAUAAAGGUGUUACAAUAGUGUUUUGAAGGGUGUCAUAAAGGGUGUUAUGAAGGCUGAUAGAAAGAGUGUUAUGAAAGGUGAUAUAAGAGUGUGAUAAAAGUGUUGUAAAGGGAGUUAUAAUUAUGAAGAAGUCUUGAUGAAGGAUGUUAUUGAAGGUGUUAGAGAUGGUGUUAUGAAUGGUGUAAUAAAGGGUGUUGUAAAGUGUUUAGUAGGGUGUAAUAAAAGACAUCAUAAAUAGUGCUAUAAAGAGUGUUUUAAAAGGUGUUGUGGUGGGUUCUAUCAUGGCUUUAUAAAGGGUUUAAUAGAGGGCAUAAUGAAAGGUGUUAUGAAUGUUGUUAUAGAUGUUGUUAUAAUGAGUUAAUAAAGGGUUUCAUGACGAUGGUGAAGCCUUGAAGAGUGUUGUUUAAAAAAAGGUGCAAAGAAGGGUGCUAUCAAGGUUAUUAUGAAAGCUUUAUAAAGGUCGUUAUAGCAGGAUUUAUGAAAGUUGUUUAAAAGGCUAAUAAAGAGUAUUUUUAAGGGUGUUAGGAAGGGUGGUUUGAGGACUUUAAAGCUCCUAUGAGAGUUUUGAAAUUUUAAUGUGAUGUCUUUGUGCUGCCUGGAAAAGCAAACAAAACCAACAGCAACCAGAAUAGUAAUUUGUAUACACAAUUUUGUAAUGGCUGUUGGAGCUGUCACUCAGAUAGUUAGACUAAGUGAGUUGAAGCCGUCUUGAAAUAGCAAUAAUAUGUAAAUAUGUAACGACCAAUAAUCAGAGAUGAAUAUUAACAGUAGAGCGAAAGCAGGAUGAGAUUUAACACCAGGAAACAUCACUUAAAUAAGUGAAGGACAAGAUGAAAGAAAAAAGAUGAAAGGCAACACUUCGUCCACAGGGGGCGCCAGAAUCAAUGCAAACUAAGGGUUCGUCUCCCUUCAAUCUUUCAGUCUCUAUUCACAGAUUAUACCCGAAAGUCUAGAGUCUGUAUUUAGGGGUUGGAUUUCUAUUGUGGGAAAUAGUACAAUGUUCUUUGUAACUAACGUCAUAACAGGAGAUGAUUUUCACAGAUAAACUAUCUUUUUUUAAUUUGAGAUACAAGGUUUUUUUUUUCUUGUCAGAGUAAAGAGUAAAUUUACACUGAUGUUCACAGGGUACAAUAAUUUCAGUUUACUUCAAAAAUAAAUGUCUGAUCUGUGGGUUCACAGCUGAUAUCAGCCUUCAAAAUCACUCUUAUAACCUCUGUGCUUUAGUAAUAACUGAACACAGUGAUGUUUUUAUGAAGAGUUGCUGUUGUUCCCGCCCUCAAAUCAUGCCACUCCUGAUUUUGGAUACAUUAUACAGUAGAGGAUCAGAGGAAACAACCUUUUGAUUUCUGGUAUUAACACUGGUUAUUUCUUUAUCUAGGGUCAUUAAAGCUUCUUUCAGUAAGGUUGCACAAUAACCAUAAAUUGGUUUCGGCGCAUAAUUAAUGCCACUAUAAUUGACAUUUUAACAAUAGCAAACACCAAACUACUGUAUGAAAAACAAAGGGCCCCUUCAUCUUUAACUUGGCAGCCCUCAAAUCUUUAAAGUAAUGCACACUGAAAUUUAGCCCAUUUGUUCAUUGAAGGAUGAUUUGUUGUUUUGAUUCCCGUUUCUUUCUCUCUUAGCGUCAUUUCCAGCAGCAGACAGACUCAGUUAGUUACUAGCCUGUGAAUAUAAUGAGGCAUUAAGCAGCUCGCCUUCCUCCGGAGACCAAAAAGCUAGAAGAAUAAUCACAGUUAGUAAAACGACAUAAAAAUCACAAUUUCUUCUCCUACAUGAGUGGUUAUGUAACAAAGAUGUGACAGAAAAACAACCUUAAGAUUCAGAGAAUACAGCUGCAAGUCAAACUCAUAUGAUUAUGUUGUUUCCACAUAGUUUACCCUCACAUGAGUGUUACCUCACAAAGACAUUGAUUGUCAAAACUUUUUAAACUUAUGUGGACAUGCAAUCCUGGAUAUGAAGGCUACAUAGUCUAUUUUUGUUAUAAGCUUUUGUUGUAGACAUUUAAGACAUCUGUUUUUUAUUUAUUUAUCUUUUUUCUUUCCUGUUCGGUCUUCUUUGCAUCAGUGUUGUUCUGUAUUCUAUUACCUAAAAAAAUGAAAAAUAAAGUAUAUAAAAAAAGGAUUGGUAUGAAAACAUGCUAAGGAAUUUAUGUUGCACACGAAAUAUAUAUACAGUCUAUAUAAAUGUAUAGAGAGAAGGAGCGAGAGAGAAAGAGAGAUUUUUCUCCUGCUAAAAUAACCCACCUUUGUUUUUCUUUAGGCAGUGAAAAAGCUGCUUGCUCAUGUGAGAAAAUCAACCAGAGGAUUACUUGCCCUUACGUAUGCCUGUCUGCUAUUGGGAUUAAUAUGGCGAUGGUUGAAAUUAGAGCACAUAUGAUUCGGUUCCUGUACGUUUGCAGGCUGCAGUAAAGGGCAGAACGUAAAGAAAAGUUAGGCUGGAGGAAUGCAGGAGAGGAUAUUUACAGUUGGAACCAUGUGAACCCGUCUCUACUGUUGUGUGGUCGCAUCUGUGACUGAGCUCAUGUGUGUUCUUGUGUCUUUUUGUGUAUGUAUGUGUGCGUGUGUGUGUGUGUGUGUGUGUGUGUGUGUGUGUGUGUGUGUGUGUGUGUGUGUGUGUGUGUGUGUGUGCGUGUGUGUGUGUGAGUCUGAGAGAAAGAGAGAGGGAGAGGGAGAAAGAUUAUGCUGGGAGCCAAAAGAGGGAAUGAGUGCAUGAAACAAGGAGAGGAAGAGAAGAGGAGAGAAAUUGGGUCACCCAUCUACAUACCAACCUAUUAUGUUAACCUCAGAUUACUCAUUGUUCUUUAGUUUUUUUCCUUUUUCUUUCUCUUUAAAAAUAGAUCUAACAUAUAUUGUAUAUUUUUUCCUGUUUACAUGAUUAAAUUUUGUGUUUGUGGAGCCACUGCCAAGCUAAUCCUUCCCUGAGACUAUUUAUUUGCUGAUUUCACGUUUGAUUUAGUAUAAUCUAAAGAUUUUUCAUUAAAUGUAAGCUACAGAAACAUCCUGCUGAAUAUUGGGAGUGAACCCAAUUUUACUGACAUGAACAAUAACACAAGAUUAAGACUAAUAUACUGUGUAUUAUCAGUAAUCAGUAUUUCUUUUUAACUAUCUUUAAAGUUCUUGCUUUGCUUUGUCUUUGUCUUUCAGAUUUUUAAAGAGAUCACAACAAUAUUAACUGAAGUAUUUGUGGCAAGUCAUUCGACUCCAGUAGCUUUUAAAUUUCCUGGAUGAACCGGCAAUUAAUCGUUAUUUUUAUUUUUCCAAAACAAGUAAAAAAGAUCUUGAACAACAACCUCAAAUUGCUUGUUUGCAGUUUGUAACCAUUAAAAACAAAAGCAGAAGGUUUUAACUUUUAAAAGCUGAAUCAUGAAGAUUAUUUAUGCUUUGUGCUGAAAUAUGACUGAGAUAUGAAUCAUUUAUUAAGUUACAUGAAGAAUACGUGUCUAACGGUUCAGUUCAGCUGAUUCUCUGAACAUGCAUCACAUGUAUGUCAUUAAUACUGAAAUGAGCAGCUGUAUCCAUUUCCAUCUGUCUGUUUUUCAGUGAUUCCUCUGUAUCACCUCCCUUCCUUCCCCACCCUGUUUGUACUCUUGUUAAGCCAUGAGUGUCUCUGGGCAUAAUGACCGUGAAGUGUCCACUUUAUAGCCCGGAGACAGAGUGAAAGAUGGGCGGGUGGAUGGAUGUCCCCGGCUGGUCAGAUGAGGGGCAGAUCAAGUAAGAGGGCAGAGGGCUUGCACUCUCAUUGGCUACUGUAAUAUGUUGGAUGAGGAUUGGAAGGAGGGAGGGUGGGUGAGGGGGGUUGGGAAGGGACGGAUGGGGGGAUGUUGCUGGAGCCUGUAAUGGCUGUGAGGGGCUUUGUAGCAAAGUCAUGUUUUGUGUCAGUGCCGUAAGAGAACACGUCUGGUAAUGUGCAGCUGGGACAUAAAUGAUGUAGUAAGCAGCAUAUUUUUCUCCUCUCUUACCCCCUCCUCUCCCCCUGUUCUCACCCAUCAUCUCAUAUGCAUAAUCCCACUGUUCAUCCUCUGUCUCUUUGGCCUCCCACCCCUGCGUUCACUUAUCCUAGAUUAUUCUCUCUCUCUGUGAUGUCUCUGCAUCCUUUUACCUCCCUCCUCUCGCUUCGUUUUUUUCGGCUCUUCACACCUGUUUGAAAGCAAAGUUGGCUCCCAGAGACGAGUGAGAACACAGAAAACCUUUUAUGUGUUUAUUUUUACAUUUCUUAUACUUUCAUCUCCCACUCCCACGCUGCUACAACACCAUCGGGUAUACACGCAUUCAGCGACACACGCACAGGCGCACAGACAGUCCACACAGCAUGUCAAAUCCGAAACAGGGCACACAGUCUUGACAAGGUUAUAUAAAUAAGGUGAGGGGUUCACUCCCACUGACUAUAAAACACACGCACACACACUUUCUCACAUUCUCCCUUUCCAGGAGUGUGUUUAAAAGGUGUCACCAGGUGUGCCAUUUACACACUCACAAUACAAGAAAGCCUCACUGCAUGAUAAAUCACUAGGUCUGCAUUUACCUUACAGCCAAAGAGACUCCUUUAUGAGCGACGCAGCCUUUAGCUGACACUACUUCACUGGCCUCAACACAAACAGUGUGAAAAUGGCAGCACACUCAGUGAUCUUAUAGUCGGGGCCGAGGACGAACACUGGAGGCUGUGGCAGCCAGCAGCAUGACAAGAAGAGUGUGUUACCUCGACCUCCAUGCUCAGCUGUCCUCCAUGCUGCCUGCUGACAUUAACAAUUGGCACAUUUCACAGAUUUUCCACCAUGAACCACAUCAGUCCUGCAUAACAGCCUCCAGCUUCAGAUGAUAUUUCCACACAAUAUUUCUACAGUGAGAGUGUGAGAGAUCAUAUUCAUGCUUUGAACUUUAGUUUGUUGCAGGACUACCACGCAUUACUUAUUGAUGCAGCAUCAAUUAUGUAUCAUUAAUGUGAUUAAUACGAUAUGAUAUGUUUGGUUUCUGCUCCAUUUCCUGUUGUUACAGAGUAAUUACACAUGCUGCUCUGCUCAGUGACAUUUUAAUUUUUCUUAAAUUAAAGUAAAGGGAUACGUUUUCUCUUUUUUGGAUGGAGGGAAUUCUCCAGCCUCUCUCAGGAUUAUUUCAUAUUCUGAAAAAAAAAGAUUGUUUUGUGGUUGUUUUUAUGGUGUAGAUUCAAAUGAAAGGAUUGAUACAGCUCUCAUUUUUUGUCCAUCAAAUGUUUGACGAAAGCUGAGCAGCUGGUUGGCUUAGUUUAGCGCUAAGAUUAAAAGCAAGAAGAAGCAGCCCAGCUUGAACACUCUGCCAGAUGAUGAAUAAGCGCAUUUCCCCAAAAUGUCAAAGUUCUACUCUAAGCUCAAUUAAUAUUUAAGGCUGCUGGAUCAACUAAAAGUUACACUGUCCCAAGGCUAAAAAAAGAGGUUUUUCUUCUUGGCUCAUGAAAAGAUUUUUAUGGGGACAGCCACAAAAUAACACUCUGAUAAAAAGGUACGAUGAAUGUAAAGCAGAGACAGUAAAAAAAAGGAAAUGUUUGCCUCAACUGUUCUUUCUCAACGUAAAAAUACAACCAGCAGAGGGUCUGACUGCCAAAAAGACAGAACACAGGUUGCUUGUUUUUUUUUUUUUAAAGCUCACAGCUGCAUGAAAAACAAAGUAGUGUCAUCUUUUUUUCCAAAUGAACCUGAGCUAAUGAGCUGCUCGGUGUAACUUCAUUUGUACUGAGGCUAAAGGUCUACUUUCAUUAUUCUUUUUAAAUUAGGGUCAUAUGAGGUACAUGUCAUUAGUGAGUUAUCACCUCCAGGCUAUCAACCUGGGUCAAACCUUCCACCUAAUUAUGCUCAUUUUAACAAACUCCAACCCAAACACUGAUGUUGGAGUAAGUGUACACUAUAUUAAGAUGCUUCACAGAGUUUUACUUUGCCUCCAGAAAGACCAGUCAUAGUUUUGCCUUUACAUACCUGACAAAUCAGGGUUUUGUAUCAUUAAUUUUUGUACUUUGAUAAGGACAGAUUAUAGUGAAGACUAUGGGCUAUGUCAUUAGGCAUAAAGAAAUCAGUGAGUGCUGAUAAAUUUCAUUCAGCUUUUCUGUUUUAACUCUUGAAAAAUGAUAAUUAAGGUAGGCAGCUAGAUGGUUAGUGAUGUGUACUGCAGCGAUAUUUGUCCCAUUGGAUCUUGUUCUUUCUACACAGGUUCAUUAAGGUGUCCUCUUGUAUCCACAGUAAAUGAAACAUCAUUGUCACUGUCUGAAUCACUCGCUUUUAUUUUCAAAAUUGUUGAUUACCCCCUCAUGGAGAAAAAUUGAACUAUUCCUUUAAAUCACCCUCGUCUAACUCUGAAGGAAAAUAGAAACAUCUAUUUCCGAAUGUGUGCUCAUUUUUUUUAAACACUGUCAUUGUGUCGGCGUGGCCAUUUGAACUUGUUUGUGUGACCGGUUGUUUUGCUGAUGUCUGUGAACACAAGCCACUUCCUCUGUAAACACAAGGAAAUGAGUGUGCUGUACAAAACCAACAACAACAACAGACCGCUGUGAAAUUGAUGCUUUACCCCAAAAAAGUUCCUGCUGUUGUAUUUACCCUGGACAAAAUGGAAGAAAAAAACACAAAAUGAACCAAGAGAAAUUGUAGGUACACAAGCUGUGUUUACACACUAAAGUACGAGUUCACAGAAGUUCAUUGAUGGCCCUGAGGUGAAAAUUUGAAAGGUUUAUCUGUUAGGGUAGAAAAGAAGUUUCAGUCUAAUCAAAGAUGCUGAAAUUAUUUUAUUGCACAUUUUAUGGCGAUCCCUUUUUGGUUUAUUUUCUGUUUUUUUCUUUUUAACACCUCAUAUAUAAACACAGAUGUCAGUGACGACUCUAUCAUUGACUAUCACUUCACAAUGUUCUGCUUACUGAUUUAAAGCUCCAAUGAGAAGCAUUUUGACAAUCAUGAGACUGACUGAAAUUCAUACUGAUGCCGUUUCAUGACAAGGGACAAGACUGAUGGUGUUACAUCUUGGUUUUUAAUGCCUAAAACUAGUUCAAGAGGGUAGAUGUCAGCCUAGCAGUUGAAGAUGCUGCCCUAGUUUUACUAUUUUCACAAAAAUAUUAACAAUAAAUGAGACAUUGGAAUGUCAAAGACCAGCAGGGUGAUAUAUUAGGUCAAAAUACACUACUCAAGUGUGAGGAGGAUGAGAUUAGCAGAUACUGCUUUGUCCACAGGGGGCACCAAAGUGACACGAACUGAAAGUUCCUCACAGGAGCUUUAAUCAAGUUGUCAUUGACAGCAGGUUCUUCAGCGUUCACAUCUGUAAAUCUACACAUACAUACAUAAAAGAGAUAAAAAAGAGACUAAGAUAGUUUUGUAGAUUGAUUUCACCAAGGCAGAAAAUGUGACUGUAAAGCUAUAACACAUACCAUCAUUUGACUUAUUAGAAGUGUUUCAGCUCCAAAUGAAAUAGUUUGCAAUUUUAGUUUAGUUUUUUCAUAUUAUCAUCUGGUCCUGUUUUUUUUUUUUUUUUUUUUUUUUUUUUUUUUUUUUUUAACACAGCUUUACUGUCAGUGUUUCUUUUGGGUCUAUCAUUAGACUUUAACUGUAGAUAUGUUGUAGUAGUAAAUAAAUCCAACACAGACAGAUAGUUCAGUACUGGAUGUUAAACUGAAUGUUGAUCUUUUCAUUUAUUCGUGGGUAAAAUAAGAAUAUAUUUCCUCCUCCUUCAUGUCUCCUCCUCUCUGCAGCUUGUCCUGUGGGUUAUUUCAAGUCGGUUUCAGGCUCUGUCCCCUGCACAGUGUGUCCCGCUAACAGCAGAACCAGCCAGGAGGGAUCCAAGGUGUGCGAAUGUCGUAGUGGCUUCUACCGGGCAGCCAACGAUGCCAACUCCUCUGCCUGCACAAGUGAGCUUUGUCUAUUUGUUUCUUUCUGCCCGAGUCUUGUGGAGGACCUUAACUGGCCUCAUUUGUCAUUUAGACAGACUUUGAGAGAAAGAGUCCAGCUGUUUUUUUUUAAGGUGAUGAAAAUUUUAUUCCACUCGCAGAAAGAAAACCUGCAAAGUGUUUAGUUUCUGCUUUGCUUAAAUUGUUUCGCUGCCAAACUUUAGCUCCUCCAUUACUUGGUCAAAUGUCUUAGCAAGUAUGCAGCUUCUUACAUAUCUUAAACUUUUUAGCAGCUGCUUUCAUUUAAGCGUCUCCAGCUUGUAUCAUGAAUAUCUCCCCCGCCUGCUUCUUUUGCCUUUUUUUUUUUUUGCACAGCUCCUCCAUCUGCGCCUGUCUCUCUGUCUUGGGAGUACGAGAGUGGUGAUGGCGGCGUUUCUUUAAGGUGGCGCCCUCCUGUGGACAUGGGAGGCCGCAUCGAGGUGUGGUACGGGGUGGUGUGUCGCAUCUGCCCCUCAGCCACCUUCACCAACCCGGCGUCGUGUUCCUGGUGCGGGGAGGGCGUCACCUUCAGUCCCUCCCAGACUAACCUGAAACAAACCAAGGUCACCCUCAACAACCUGCUGACCAGAGUCACUUAUCUCAUCCAGGUCUGUUCCCACCCUGUACACAGACUGUGCUUGACUGUGCAGUUUUUGACAACAUCUUCAGGGGCAGCAGAGGAGAUGAGCCCUCAUUGCUGUAUUCUUCCAUGAGCCCCACAUCAGCAAAAUACACACUAACAUUUAUUAUUUAGCAUUUGGUAGCUCAACUAAAUCAUGGCUUAUGUCUUAUUCAUAAAGAGCACAUAUUCCCAAUUUACUGGUGUUUGUCUACCCAGCCCUGUGUGUGUGUUAGGUUUUAUUUUUUCUUCAAAAUGAAAGUAAACAGCAUAGAAAAAAAAACUUCAAAUGUCACUUUUGUAUGUUGCUUCUGUCAACAGGUGCAAGCCAUGAAUGAGGUGUCAGCUUUGAGCCCUUUCCCGGCUCGAUACACAAGCAUCAAUUUCACUACGAGCCAGUCAGGUGAGCACAGGUCGGAGUGGAUGAAAAAGCUGAGAUAAAAGAGAGGAGAUUAUCUGAGGAUGAUAUUACCAUGUGUGUGUGUGUAUAUGUGUGUUAGUCUGAGGUUCAUCUCUCUCGCUCUCUCUCCGUGUCUCUGUGCUCCAUCUUUUCUACCCCUGCUGUCUGGACAGGAGGUUGCUCGAGGUUACAAUAUCCUGUCAGAUCCCAUCACAGUCACAGUACAGGAAGAAGGGGACAAAUGAGAGAUGGGCAGACAAAAAGAUAGACAGAAAAGGAGAUGAGGGUAGACAAGUGGGGGAGACGACAGAGAGAGGAGGAGAAUGGGACAUGGCUCAGACAACUAAAGUAUUACACUGUUUUCUAAGAAACUGAUCAAGACUGGAAGCCCAAACCCAACCCUAACUCCAUAUUCGGCCUGAUCAUCUCAAACCUUCUCAUGUCUGGUCCCUGAGUUUCUUUUUAAAAUGGAAAGAACGGUGGAAAGUUCCCCACAACUGGACCAGCCAGCCAGCACAGGGACUGUAAUGAGAUCCCGUGCUGCGCUCUAUAAAAACUCCACUUUCAUGCCCUACUAAAUACUCACGACAAGUUCUGUAACAGUGCCCCCUAGUGGUCAGGAUCACUUCAUUAAAACUUUAGUGAUCUGUUGUGGCAGGAUGAUUGACUUGUUACUGAGAGGUCAACUAAUCAAUCACCACUGCUAAUACACUAAUCUCUGCUGUCUCCCACAGUUCCCAGCACAGUUCCCAUGAUGCACCAGCUGAGCCGAGCACCAGAUUCCAUCACUCUCUCUUGGCCUCAGCCAGACCGGCCCAAUGGAGACAUCUUGGAGUACCAGCUUCGAUAUUUUGACAAGGUUAACUCUCUUAAAAGUCUGAAAAGUACGCAGCAUAAAAUACUAGAACAAAACUAAAAUCCUCGUUUGUCUCGCAGGGAUCAGAUGUGGACAGUGCGGCGAGUGUUUUCAGUGAGACCAACACGGUGACAAUCAGCUCCCUGAUCCCAGGCUCCAUUUACGCCUUCCAGAUCAGAGCUCGAAAUGAGCGAGGCUUCGGUCCUUACAGUGACACCAUCUACUUCACCACACUGCCUCUGGGUACGAUACUCAUUUCCUGUCAUACCAGUGAAAUCAGUCAAAGUAUAUUUCGGUCAUUAACACACAAGAAAACCUUAUCAAGGAGAGGAAUUCGAGAUGAUGUACAAAGAAUGAUCAUUUAUCACAUUAAAAUCAUUAGUCAUUAGUAUUUAUUAAUGUUGCUAGAAGGCACAAAGAAGCUUACUUAAAUAUGAUAAGGACAGAAGGCAUAUGCACAUUUAUUUCAGUAGCAUAACAUCCAGAGGAAGAUAAAGGUUUACUCAAAACAAAUAAGAAGCAAAGUGCAGAAAUUUACACUUCAGAAUUUUAAGAGCAACAAAGAAAUAAAAUUGUUUUAUCUGCUGAAUCAAAAUCAGCUCUUUUAAAAAAAACUCCCAUGUUUAGAUCCGAAGUUAUUAAUUCAUCUGAAUGUAACUGAUUUUAUUUAAGGAUAAUCACCUAAUCAUGAGUACAUGGACAUAUGUUUUUUAAAUUUGUUGUUUUGCAUGUUAAAAGCACAUCUGGGUUUCAGGAUUCUGAAACAAACUGUGGCAUGUAAACACCCUGUCCAGGUGUCUGAUCACUCGUUGCUGGUGCAGAACAAAGAGACUCAGUCUCUGUGAAAUCAAGACACAGCUGCACACAGGUUUUCAUUAUCACUGAAUUCAUUAUCAUUAUUUAUAAGGUUAUAAAUACCGCAGUCUCUUGUGUUCAUUUUAAAAUCACAACUAAAAUUAGAUCAAAAGAACAUGAAGGCUUAAACCUGGGCUGCUAACCAGAGCAUGUAAACACUCUAUAAAUACUUCUUACCUGGGACACCUCCGAGAGUACCUUAAAAUGUUCAAAGCAAAGUUAGAUUUUCAACUGUGUGCUCUUCAGAAGUUGAGUUCAGAUUUAAUCUCACUUGUACUCCAACUGGAAAAACAAAGUAACAGACUAAAAGUUAAAAGAUAACUGCAACAAAUACUUUAAAUCUCUAACUGCUGAUGUUUCUCCCUACAGAAGAACAUUCACAGCAGAUCCAGAACAGACUUCCUCUGCUGGUCGGCUCGGUGAUGGGUGGAGCAGCCUUUCUUUUGGUGGUGGCAGCCAUCGUAGUUGUGGUGGUAUUUCGCAGGUACUGUACGUUUUCCAUCUGUUACCAUGACCCAACACAUCAUGUAUCUUUUUUCUAAUGGAGUAUUUUGUUAUAUUUUUUUAACAUGGCAGCAAGAGGAGGGAGAGCCCGUACAGUGACAGACUGCAGAGGUACAUCAGCAACAGAGGUGAGCUUUCUUGGAUCGAAUUCAUGAUCACAUGAAGUUCAGAUCAGAACAUAGUUAAAAAUAGACAGUGUAGAGAUUCCUUCUUUGUAAAAACUCCUUUAAUAUAUCACCAAAAAUGAGAUUGGCUGACUUAAUGUUCCUAAGUUUGAUCCUCCUACAUCGUUACCAAAUAUCAGUGAUUCCUAAAAAUACAAAACCGUCUUUGUGUUUCUUGUGAUGUCCACGAAAUCCCUGCACUGUGCAGCUACAGAGCGUCCUGACCUACUUUCAGGAAAAUAAAUGUGUUUAAAGGUCAGAAAAGGGUAAAAAGCCAGAUUUAUUUCUAACAAGUUCCUUUAUUUCUAGGUGGAGUGAAGUAUUAUGUGGACCCAUCCACUUACGAAGACCCCAGUGAGGCUGUCAAAGAGUUUGCCCGUGAAAUAGACCCCACUCAUCUCAAGAUCGAGGAGGUGAUUGGUGCAGGUAGGUCUGGUCCUGGUCAUCUCUGAAAUCUAAAGAAACGAUGUAGUGAAUAUAAACUUAAUCUAUUCCUCCUUCUUUCCUCUCCAGCUCAGUUUGGAGAAGUUUCUCGGGGCCGCUAUCGUCCUCUAGGUCGCAGAGAGGUGUUGGUAGCUGUGAAGACUUUACGCUGGGGGGCAUCAGACAGAGAGAAGGGGAUGUUCCUGAGUGAGGCAGGGGUCCUGGGACAAUUUGACCAUCCUAACGUGCUGAAGUUGGAGGGUGUUAUCACCCGGACCCCUCCAGAGAGAAUCAUCACUGAGUUCAUGGAGAACGGGCCGCUGGAUGCUUUUCUCAGAGUAAGACCAUUUCUGUUUUUGUCACAGUGUCAGAGACUUUUCAUUUUCAAUUUCCCCCUCCUCACCUCUGCUCCUCUCUUCUACCUCUAUCAUUUCAGGAAAAUGAAGGACAGUUCAGCGUCCUGCAGCUUGUUGGGAUGCUCAGGGGAAUCGGUGCAGGGAUGCGGUACCUCUCUGAGAGGAACUUUGUCCACAGGGACCUGGCUGCCAGGAAUGUGCUGGUUAACUCCAACCUGGUCUGUAAAGUGUCAGACUUUGGUCUAUCCCGUCUAAUGAGGGGCCUGGACCAUAACAUACCUACUUACACCGCCUCACUGGUUAGUUCUGGAAACUGGAGCUUCUGUGGUUCUUGGACCCUCUUGAUUUGUGGUUCAUGUUGGGUAUAACACUGAUUUUCUGUCUGCUCUCGUCCAUCAGGGAAGUAAAAUCCCUGUGCGGUGGACGGCACCAGAAGCUUUUCAGCACCGCAAGUUCAGCUCGGCUAGUGAUGUCUGGAGCUUCGGGAUACUUAUGUGGGAAGUGAUGUCAUAUGGAGAGCGUCCAUACUGGGACAUGAGCAAUCAAGAGGUGAGAGUACAGAGGGGAAUGAAACCUGAGUAACAGGAAGUCAUCAUGAAUUAGUGAUGUAAAUGCACUCAGGUUUUACUACUACAGUGUAAUAAAAUACCAUUACAGGAGUUUAGGCACCAGCCACAAAUCACAACGUCCAAUGAUUGCGUAGAGACAUCCCACUUCGAUGUUGUUCUCUAAGAUUCCCGCCCUGCGUCUGCUUCAGCUUAUAAAUAAGAAAGAUGUUUUCCAUUCUGCCAAAAGACAGAAAGAUGAAAAUGAGACUUUUUUAGAGGAACGCAUUACCACCCACUUAAAAGGGCUAAUUUAGAUUUGGAAAGACGCUGUUUGAGACUAAAUAUUUUUUAUUUGAACCUGCUGAAAAAUAAAAAACAUGAGAUCCCAGAGACAUCAAGCCCGCCUCCACCUUUACGGACUACUUUGUCUCGGUGAAUUACAUACAGCCACAGCCGGCCCAAGGCAUAAGCGAACUAAGCGCCUGCUUAGGGCCCCGUGGCCAAUAGGGGGCCCCCAAGAGCAACAAAAAAAAUAAAUAAUGAAAUAUUUUUUAUUUUUUGCAUGUAUGAGUGAUGAUUUCUGUAUGAUUAAAUAUAUAUUAUUGUAAAAAAUAAAAAAUUAAAGUAAAAAUGUUUUGGUGCUGCUGUCAAAGCUCUGCUACCUUUAUUUGCCUUCUGCUGUGCAAUGUGCACUGAGCUUCCAAAGCGCAGGUAGUUGUGGGGCAAAACAAUGUCCCAACAAAGGACAUAUCCUUCAGGGGCAGAGAAAAGAAAGAGGAAGAGGAGAAAAAACACCAAGAUAAAGAUAUGUUUGCAUGUCAUGGAAUAUUAAUCAAAGAGAUUUAUGAAGGUGUGUGAAUGAUCAAAAAUCAGUAUUGUUUGCAGAAAUAGAGGGCCCCAAAAAUAAAUUUUGCUUAGGGCCACAUUGAGGCUUGGGCCCGCUUUGCAUACAGCCCCAAAAAAUGCAUUUUAUUUUGCUGUUGUGAAAUGAACUUGUGUAAUAAUUCAAUGGUGCACUUAAUCUCCUUGUUCUUCUGCCCCCCUUUUUAUUCAACAGACUUGUGUAAUGCUGAUAAAAUACCAGGUAGCUUGAAUUUGCAUAAUUUCUUCUUAGUCACUCUCAGCUCCGAGUGGUCUGUGACCUUUAUGUAGGGCAAUAACAGGGGACUUCUCACGCCAUCUGUCUCACUGCUGUAUGUGGAACGUCUCUCUUAUUUUCUCUCCCUGCAGGUGAUGAAAGCAGUAGCAGACCAGUACCGCCUCCCUGCCCCCCAUAACUGUCCUGCUGCCCUCCACUCUCUGAUGCUCCAGUGCUGGCAGGCAGACAGAGGGGACCGGCCAGGCUUCGACUCAGUCUUGUCCUCGUUGGACAGGCUCAUCAGGCACCCUGCGUCUCUGAAGGCGGAGCCAACACGGUGAGACAGACGCUCCUUGACCUUACAGGACAUGUCAGAUCAGUGGGUGGUCAACAAUCUGCUGUAUUUAUGGACUCUCACGAUCUCACUUUUGACAUUUUUCCCUGAACAGAAGCUGCUCUCAGCCGCUGCUCAGCCCCACCCCCACAGAUUUAUCAUCAGUGGCAACGGUCAGUGAUUGGCUGAAGGCUCUGAGGAUGGAAAGAUAUCAAGAGGAGUUUGAUCAGGCGAACCUGGACUCUUUAGACAGAGUCAGCGGGCUCACUAUGGAGUGAGUAUAGAUGACCCUAAUACUAUAACUGUGGGAUGUAAGAGUGGAGCAGGACUCAGCACUUAAACUCUUUAAUUUGAGUGUACAUGUUACUUGAUUUUGUUUGUAAGUAAGAAACGUGAAUGAUGUGUAUUUACCAGGUUUUUCUUGCGCAGCUACACUAACAAGAAAACUCUCUAGGGCCAAGUAGAAACUUCUAUUUGUAUAUUUUAACAAACUUUCUUUUAGGUCAUCAUUUUCUUAGCUGCUACACAAAUAAAAUAAACAACAAAUGCAACACACUGACAUUUUACCUAUAUACUCAGUGUCAAUUAUUUUGUGUUUUUCAGGUUUGUAAUGUUCAAACACCUAAUUUUUAGGUUACGGGACACUCAGUCUUUCUGUGAAUGUUUCUGUGAAUUAUUCAACACCUCUUCUGGACAGUUUUGAUGGACAGAAUUGUUCACUUAUUAUAAGGAUAAUUUAAUUCUACAUACGUAACAAAAAAUUUGAAAAUAUGCUUACAUUUAUGUAUUUUUUAUGAAAAAUGUUUGUUACUGGUCCGUGUGCAAGGUAUGAUGAUUUUACAUCUGCAUUUCUGUGACUCUACAGAGCAAAGUCAUUUUAUUAUCAAAGAUAAAAACAAGGGUAACACUUUACAAUAACCAUAACUUAUAAAUGGUAAAAAGACUAUUUAUAAAUGGUAAGCAGAUAGUUUAUUAAUGUUUAAUCAUCAUUUAUAAAUAGCAUGUAGACCAUUUAUAAAUUGUAAAUUUUACAGUUUUAAAAACCUAACCCUAACUUUACAAUAACCAUCUAAGUAAUGUUAAUAGGUGGUUUAUAAACCACUUAUUAAUCAUUUACAAAGUUUUACAAACAUGAGUUGCAACUUAACAAUAACCAUCUAAGUAAUGUUUAUAGGUGGUUUAAAAAACAAAUAUUAAUCAUUUACAAAGAGCUACUGACACACAUUUUAAUCUAGAUGUUUUACAACCAAUAUUUGAACCCUGUAUAAACCUUUAAUAAAUAGUCUAUUAAUAUUUAAUGAAAAUUAUUAAUCAUAAUUUCAUUGCUUGUUAAUGGUAAAGUAAGUAUUAACUUACAUUAAUGAAAAAUCUAUUUGCCAUUUAUAGUUUGUCUCUUUGCUGUUUUUAAAUGAUGAUUAAACAUUAAUAAACUAUCUAUUUACCAUUUAUAAAUUAUGGUUAUUGUAAAGUUUUACCAGAAUAAGUCUAAAACAGGUAGAAGGCACAAGAGAGCAGGUGUUGUAUUUUUUAAGCAUCAAUUAAUUUCUCAGCUACCCCAGUUUUUUUAUGGACAAACACAGAGUCAUUAUUCAGAGUCGUAGUUGGAUGAUAAACUGAGGUUUAAUAACCAUGAGCACUUGCUCUGUCUCUUUCAGAGAUGUCCAGAACCUCGGGGUGAACCUGCUGGGACAUCAGAGGAAGAUUGUCAGUGCAGCCCAGCAGCUCAGAGCCUAUCUGUCGCAGGGGCAGGUGGAGGUGUGA